UUAAAUCAGCCCCCAGUAUUUGCCACUCUGGAUGUGACUCAGCCACUUAUUUACCAGGACUUUUGGAUUUCCUGGACCAGGCUAAAGAAGACACUGAAAAUUUGGGAGAAGAGAUGAGAGAAGACUUCAAAUGCAUUUCUCUGAAGAGUUGUUUGGAUCCCUGGGGAAAUCCCGCUAGAAACAAACAAACCAAAAGUCAUCUAUUGCUUUUUUUAAAAAAAGUAAAGAAAAGAAAAAUGUAAUGUGGAUCAAUUAUUAAGCAACCAAAUUUGAAGAUUCCCCCCCCCCUGAAAUGUAUUAUGCAUAACUAGUGAGAAAACAUGAAUCCAGCAGUGCUUUAUUUACCUGUUUCAUCUGACUGAGAAAUAUAGUUAACAACAUUCUCCUUUCAUCCUUGUAAUCAAAGAAAUGUAACCAACUGUUCAUUUCUGAUCUCAUACUUUUCAUGGUGCUAUGAUGAAAUCCAUAUUGGUCUUCUCUCAGUGCUGCUUCACCUGUUAGACAUCAUCUUGAAUAAACUUGUCCCCAUUAUUUCCCCCCACAAUUUUGGGUUUUAUCCAACUGAGUCAACCCACCCAUAGAAUGGAUCCUUCUUGCCCACUCACAUCUUUUCCAUAAGAUGUGAAAAUCAUCUGAAGCACAUUUAGGAAAGACUGAGGCUCCUUCCACACAGCUGAAUAAAAUCCCAUAUUAUCUUCUUUGAACUGGAAUAUGUGGCAGUGUGGACUCAGAUAACCCAAUUCAAAGCAGAUAUUGUGGGAAUCUCUGCCUUGAUAUUCUGAGAUAUAUAGUCUAAUAUAGUGUGGAAAGGGUAUAGGAUGGAAGUAUAGGAUGGAAGUCAAUUUGCCAACUGUUAGAUAUCUUGCAUUGUUUCAUGGAACCCAACGAAACAGAAGCAUCAUGAAGGAGCACCAAACACCGGUAUUCUGUUCUGAUGGUUUAAGGAAGAAGACAUGGGACACCAUGUGGAAGAAAAAUAUGAUGAUUCUUUUUCCUUGCAUUGUCUGUGGUUGCCAUAAAUACACCACUAUUUAUGACUUGAUGUGAAUCCUUAUAAGCACAAUAAAUUUAUUCCUAUACCUACGAUAAGUUGAAUGAAAUUUUAAUAUGUGCAAGAAAAGACAUGGAAUAAGAUCAAUGAAACUGAUUAACUCAAAAUUUGGAACAAAUAUAGGGAAGCAUCUCUUCACACUACACUUAAAAUAACUUAUGGAAUGAACACUACCACAAGAUAUGCCUUACGAUGGCUAUAAAAUUUAUGAGAUUACAAACCAUGGAGGAUGGGGCUAACAACUGUUAUGAGACCUGAUAGUUAAACAGAAUUUGUAAGUGUAUAUAACUCUAAUUUUUUCAUAGGCAAGUCAUUUGAUAGAAAGGGAUUGUUACCUUCCUAUUCACUCUCCUGGAAUUUUUUGAAUGGCCAAUAUUGGCAUCGGGGUUGUAGACUAAGGUGGCGUUGAGGGCCACCAAUACAGGUUUGUAUUGUCUCAAUUUCAACCUAAAGCUGAACAUUUUAGAGUACUCCCAUGAAAUGCUGACAUUUACCAAUAAAUGAUGGACUGUAGAUGAAAAUUUCUUCAAGUAGGUGUAGACAACUUAGGCAGAUCCAAGAGCGUAACUGCUCUCCCUCUUUCCCUCCACCCUUGAUAUGGGCUUUCCAUAUUUGGUAGUUACUGAAAUUUGGUGGUAUAGGUUGGGUGGGCAAGGAGCUACAUAAAUGGAACGGAAAAAACAGAUGUGACUUGCUGCUGCUGUAGACAUUACGUCAAUUUUUUAAUUCCUCAUGUAGAUCUUAUGGACAAAACAAAUAUGCCUUCUUCUCUGCAUGAGACAUGCGUGUGUUGAAGCAUUACUGUUGAUCACUGGUCUGCCUAAGUAUUAUAACUAAAUGCUCUCAAAAUUUCUAAAUGCUAUGACUUGUGAGUAAAUGCAGACAAGUCCUGUGAAUAUCAGAAAUAAUACCAAAAAAAUCAAAAUUUCCAUACCAAUGUUGAUAUUCACCAGAUUUAGAAAAUAUAUUUUGUAUACUUAGAAACAUAAACCUGGAGUCGACUUUGUCAGCUAUCUCUUUCAAACCCACACUCAAUGUAGAAAAUAGAUUUGGUGAAACGACUCAAGUAUAUGUGUGUCUUUACAUCUGUGACACCUGUGCCUGGGCUAGAUCACUCAAAGUGUUCAAGGGAUGGGAAGGAUGGCUUUUGAACACACAAAAUAUAGCAAUUCAUCCAUGCCAUCUUAUGAGGACAAAUAUCUCAGUAAAUGUUCACCUCAAGAUCCCCCAAUUGUUAAAUGUGGGGACUUCCGUGUGUUUGAGUGCCUAUGAGGAAACAUUCAAGAAUGUAAGUUCCCAUCUGAACUUGAGCAUGAUAUUUUGAAGACUAUCUUGUGUUCACCUUCAUAUCCACAUGUGAUUUAAAUAUGCCUUCCCAUUUAGAAUUGAUCAGUGUAAUAAACCAACAAGGACUAUCAAAAAGUUUUGGUUUUUUUAACUCACAAUGAUAGUUUUGAGAGCUUCUGUAUUAAGAGUGGUUCUACAUAGAUAUAGACACUAUAUUACAGUUUGAAGCGAGCUCGAGGGCAGGGAGUCCACAAAACAUACAGCCCUGAUGCAUGCUUCAGUGCGCAUCAAGCCAGAAAAAGUAGAUUAACCAAACUCACUAGAAAGUAUGGUAUAAGUCAGAUAAUGCACUGUAGCCAAUCCUAUGCAAAGUUUACAUCUGGGACUAGAAAAUGCAGAACUGCUAGCACCCACCUCUCCUCGAUCCGCAAGGAGAGGCGGGUAAGAAAUAAAAUUAUUAUUAUUAUUAUUAUUAUUAUUAUUAUUAUUAUUAUUAUUAUUAUUAUUAACAUACUAUAUAUACUCGAGUAUAAGCCGACCCGAAUGUAAGCUGAGGCACCUAAUUUUACCACAAAAAACUGGGAAAACAUUGACUCAAGUAUAAGCCAAGAGUGGUAAAUUUCAGAAAUAAAAAUAGAUACCAAUAAAAUUACAUUAAUUGAGGCAUCGGUAGAUUAAAUGUUUUUGAAUUUUUACACAAAACUGUAAUUUAAGAUGAGACAGUCCAACUCUGAUUAAAUCAUCAUUCUCAUCUUCUUCAAUGUAAAUGUGUUUAUGUAUCCUUUUAAUAAUAGAGUAAAAUUAAUAAAGUAAAAUUAAUAAAUGUAAUAAUAAUAAUAAAUACAGUAAAAUAAUAAAUGUAAUAACAAUAAUAUCAGAGUGAAAUAAUAAAUGUAUUAUUAAUAAUAGAGUAAAAUAAUAAAUGUAAUAAUACCAAUAAUAAUAGAGAAAAAUAAUAAAUAUUCCAUAUAUACUUGAGCAUAAGCCGACCCAAAUAUAAGCCAACCAGGACCCUCACCCGAGUAUAAGCCGAGGGGGGCUUUUUCAGUCCUAAAAAAGGGCUGAAAAACUAGGCUUAUAUUCGAGUAUAUACAGUACUUUAAAAAAUGGAGAAACACAGCUGGCUGGGGUAAACAAUCAUUCUUUUCUGAGAGGAAACCACAUCAUUCCUAUGGAAAUGUUUGCUUUCCACCAAUUUGUUCUCAUUUCCUGUGCCCUGCCACAGUAUAACACUGAUCUUGAAAGGACAUGGAUAUGCACAUUAAUGCAUCUCAACAGACUGAGCAAAAAAAAAAAAAAACAUUCUGGGUUCAGUUCCAAUCUGCAAUCAGUGGAUACCAUGUCCACUGCCCACUCUCUGAGCCUGAAAGCAAUACUUGGGGUGAUUAUGUAGGUGCUUCAUAGCAGAACCAGUUCAGUUUAAUCUACUUCCUAACUUGUUUUUAGUUUCUGUGUUAAACUGCCCUAAGUUGCAUAUCCAGCUAGACCAGUGGUUCUCAACUGGGGCCCCCUUACAUCUGGGGACCCAGAAAUCCCAGCCAGUUUACCAGCUGUUAGGAUUUCUGGGAGUUGAAGGCCAAAACAUCAGGGGACCCACACGUUGAAAACCACUGAGCUAGAACGUGAGGGAAAGUGCUUAGGUUUGUAUUUCCCAUUUCAACCAAGACAUAAUAAUUGAUGCUGUUGUCUCACUUUUAAAAAAAUGAAAUUUCUAUCUGUCAGUCAUCCAGAGGCCAGAUAGAGUGAAAAGAGCCUUUUGGUGGUUUUCCAUUCUAAACGUAUGGCCUGAAUCGUUUACCUUUACCUUUUCCCCUUCCAGGGAGCUUGGCGAAUUAAGCAUUCUUGUGUAUCUAGAGCUGGAGAGAUUAGCUCUGUAUGCUUUUAUGCCAUGCUCUGUAUGCCAAGACAUAAUAAUUGAUGCUGUUGUCUCACUUUUAAAAAAAUGAAAUUUCUAUCUGUCAGUCAUCCAGAGGCCAGAUAGAGUGAAAAGAGCCUUUUGGUGGUUUUCCAUUCUAAACGUAUGGCCUGAAUCGUUUACCUUUACCUUUUCCCCUUCCAGGGAGCUUGGCGAAUUAAGCAUUCUUGUGUAUCUAGAGCUGGAGAGAUUAGCUCUGUAUGCUUUUAAUUUAGUGAAUAUCUAAUGCUUCUUUGUUAGUUUCCCCAUAAAUAAAAAAAAAGAAUAAUAAAAGGAAUCCUACUAUGUACAAUACCAGAUGUAUGGUCUGGCCUUUUUAAAUAUGAAUUUGAGGCUUUGCUGAGCAAAGUGUAUAAUAAAGCUAUGAAUUAAAUAUUACUGCUAAGUGGGUUUGGCAAAAGAGGGAUUAAGAAAGCACUUAAAAGUUUUCUUUGUGUGUUUCCCGCCCGCCUCCACCUCUUGUCUGUGUCUCUGUUAUACUGAUUAAUUUCAAACCAAUGAUAUACUCUCUCAUGCUCCCUCAUUUCUACACCCACAAACCUUUGGAAAUGAGAUCAUUACUGCAAUCACAUUGUGGACAUUACGGUAUGUUUGAUUAACUCUGAAGCUUCAAAGUCUUUCACUCAUGGCAGCCAUAUGCUAGAUACUUUUCAAUAAUGAAUGCUUGUGUCUGAGGACAGAUCUCUCCCAGUUUCCAUUUCAAAGCAGAUUUACCAGUCUAGCUGAAUUUGAAACAAGUGGGAGGAGGAGUUGUAAUCUUUUAAAGGCCAUGGUUGCACAUCCAUUUAUAUGGACCACAUUGCAUCAAAGGGGCUUUGAGUAGACAUGUGUCAAAAUGUUGUGCUACUCACAAGAAGAGUUUUCGUCCUCCUUUCUUUCAACAAAGAGUGCAUCUACUCUGUACAAUUAAUGCAAUUUGACACCAUUUUAACUCUCAUGCUCAAUGCUUUGGAAAUCUGGAAAUUGUAAUUUGGUGAGGCACCAGCACUCUUUGGGAGAGAAGGCUAAAGACCCUGUAAAACUAUAACUCCCAUGUUUCCAUAUCAUUGAGCCAUGGCAGUUAAAGUAGUAUCAUACUGUGUUGAUUCUAGAAUAGAGAUGCACCCAAGGAUGGGGAAAAUGCAACCCUACUCAUAUGUUGUUAGAUUGCAACUGUCUUCAACCCUGCCCAUUGGCUAUGACAGAUAGGAGUGAUGAGUGCUGGAGUUCAGCAACAGCUGGAGUGGCAUUCAUUCUCUGCACCUACCACUUUGGAACAGGGGCAGGCUGGUUUUAAACUAAUUUCUUUUUCUGUGCUUUGCUGCAUGAAAAGUCGGAGAGUGACAUAGAAAUGUAAGUGAACUUCUCAAAAUCUGGGAAGAUGGGGAAGAGGUAUUGUCAAUGCACACAAGUGAGGUCAAAAGUUGACAGAUUAUGAAAGGCACGCAUCACAGUUCUUUGUGUCUAAAAAAAUCCAGUUGUUCUUAUCCCUAACACAGAACAGAAGAUUGUCAUGUUAUAUGUUGACUGUGCAUCUCUUUCAUCACCAUACUGCCUUUUGUAAAUGAAAAAAACUCCUGCAGUGACUUAAUAUAUCCUGGAAAGAUGAGUUCAGAGUAGCAGCCUAACUGUCAGUCACCAGCUUUUAGAAAAUAUCUUCCGCAACCUGUUGCCCUUUAGCUACUAUCAGAAUUAUACAAUCAUGGAGUUUAACAAGAUCACAAGGGUCAUGCAGUCUAACCCCUGCCAUGCAGGAAAAUACAAUCAAAGCACCCCGACAGAUGGCUAUCCAGCCUCUGUUUAAAAGCCUCCAAAGAAGGAGCCUCUACUACACUCCGAGGCAGAGAGUAACACUGUUCAGCAACUCUUACGGUCAGGAAGUUCUUCCUAAUGUUCAAACAGAAUCUCCUUUCCUGUUAUUUGAACUCAUUGCUCUGAGUUGUCUCCAGGGCAGCAGAAAACAAGGCUGCUCUCUCUUUUUUAUGACAUCCUUUCAAAUAUUUAAACAUGGCUGUCAUGUCUCCUUUCCACUUUUUCUGCAGGCUAAACAUCCCCAGUUUUUAAAGCCACUCCUCAUAGGGAUUCAUGGUCUCCAAACCUUUGAUCUUUAGCCACCCUCCUCUGGACACGUUACAGCUUGUCAACAUCCCUCUUGAAUUGUGAUGCCCAGAAUGUGACAGUCUUCCAGGUGAGGUCUAACCAAAGCAGAAUAGAGGGGUACCAUGACUUCCCUUGAUCUAGACAUAUAUAUUACAGUUGAUGGCCAGCAACAGAAAAUGUACAAGUAUCAGAAUAGAAUAGAAACAUAUACAUUUAGGUAUUACAAAACACUGUUAAAAGCAGGGUUAAAACCCAGUAUUGAAUAUGGUAGCUAAAACGGUAUUGUUAGGGAUUCCUCUUCUUCAGAAGAGGAAGGGAAACAGGAAAGUGUUCAUAAAUCUGAGGGUGAGUUGGAAUCUGAGGAGGAGACUUUGCAAGUACCCUCAUUUCAGGAGAGGCAAAAGGAAACAGAGCAGAAAUGUUGUUCAGCUAGAAUAGCUGCCAGAAAUGCAGCCAAAAGAUAAUCAACAUAAAACCUUACAGAUCUCCCUGGUAAACUUUCUAAUAAAUGUUUAUGAAAGUCUUGGUAAAAAGAGCAGUACAACAACACAUGCUCCACAGUUUCCACUGCCUCAGCCUCACAGGGACAUAGGCAUUCAUUGUAUGGUACUUCGUUAUAUCUUCCCUCAAGUACAGCAGAAGGGAGCACACUGAACUUAGCCAAAGAGAAGGCCUUCCUGUGUUUUGAGAUAAUCAGGUUAUCUAAGUACUCUGUGGGAAGAAGCAUCCUCCCAUUGUUUUUAAAGACUGGAAGAACAGAAGCUACGUUUAGGUAGUUUUGCAGUUCAAUGUUCCAGAUAUGCUGUCGUAUGUUUACUUUGGCUUUUGUGUAGGCCAUAGUUAGGAUGGUGUUUGGUGAGAAUCUCAGGUUUAGGAUUUUCUCAUCAACUAACUUUUUCCAUCUUGAUUGAAAUAGAUCACCGAGGGUCAAUGGGCCCAAACCUUUAGGCAUAAACAUCAGUUUUAACCAAAAGUUUAGUUUUUAUAUCCAGAUCCGAUACUCAAAAGAGCUCUGACCUGUCUCUAGUAGCAAGAUUAUAUUAGGCAUAUUAGGCACACAGCUUUGGAGACUAAGGAUGCUACUUAAAAAUUUUGUCUGGAUGGCUUCUAAAGCCUUGACACUUUUGAAUGCACACAGUUGUGCUCCAUAUAACAUUUGUGGCAAGAUUUUAGCAUUAAAAACUUGAAUUGCUGAAGGUACAUGCUGGCCUCCUUUACCAUUAAAAAAUAUCAUAAGUUAGUUUUAACUCCGCUGAGCAUUUGCUAUAGUGUGGGACACUUGAGUUUUCCAGGAACCGGUGGACUGGAAAAUGACUCCUAGAUAUUUGUAGAGUUUGACUUGUUCUAUUGGGGGCUCAUUGAUUUGCCGGCGGUGUGUGCAUUCUCUCCAAGUAAAGAUUAGCACCUUUGAUUUGUCAUAAUUAAUUGCUAGUAUUACAGUACACAUCUAACGUUUUUAGAAGCAGCCUCAGCCCAACACAUGUUAAUGAUAAAAGUACUGCAUCAUCUGCAUAAAGUAAAACUGAUAUUACUCUCCCAUCCAAUUUAGGGGGGGUGAGGGUUUAUUUCUGAGAGUGAGUUCACCAGAGAGUUAAUAAAAAUAUUAAACAAGUGGGAGCAAGAAUACAACCUUGCUUUACUGCCAUAAGAGAGGGUAUUGGUCUAGUCAGAUGGCCUUUGCGGUUAUAUCUCACUUGCAAAUGUGUUUUUUUCAUAAAGGCUGUGAAUGAGAGCCAGCAGGCACCUGUCUAUGUUGGUGGUCUUAAGUUUGCUUCAAAGUCUGUUUCUUGAGAUUGAGUCAAAUGCAGACUUAAAAUCUAUAAAGGUUGUGUAAAGUGUUCCUCAGGAGGGAGAGAAAUAUUUUUCUACUAAAUGUUGCAAUAUUAGGCCCUGAUCAACAGUUGAGCGUCCGAUCCUAAAACCAGCUUGUUACUCUUCUAAGAAGUUUUCUUCCUCUAACCAGGUUAAUAGUUUGUCUAGUAGAUGCUUAGCAUACAAUUUGCUGAUGAUGCUUAGAAGGCUAAUUGUAGUUGGCAGGAUCUGAUCUAUUGCCUUUUUAUAUAAAUGGGGAUAAUUAUUGCAAGCCCCCAGUCAGAUGGUGUAAAAGCAGACUGGUCAAUGCAUGUGAACAGAACUGCUAAGACUGGUGGAGUUUGAUUUCAGCAGUUCAGGGGGCACAUGAACACUUCCUGGGUUUUGCCCGGUUUAAGUUCAGAAAUGAGUCUGCCAAUUUCAGAUGUUGAAACAGGGGACCAGUUUGGUAGAUCAUUAUAUAAUAUAUUUGAUGGCAGCAAACGGCCUCGCACGCCAUAUUGUGGCAGCGCCUGCUAUAGUGUACUCAUUACUUAAGCAAAUAAAAUAUGUUGUUUCUUUGACCAGCAUAACUAAGGCCAAAUGUUCACUGAAGCUCAGGUUAGGAGCUAUAUGGUUAUGGAUACAUCUGUUUGAGAUACAGUAUACCUGAUAAACUUGCACAGUAUGAUUCAACAUACUCACAGCAAAGUCCCCUCAAGAAAUUUGAGACCACAGUCCAGAUUAUCAAUAUUUUCAAACUGAAGAACCCUUUAAAGAUCAAUAGUCUUGGUAGCUUCUCAUAGCUUCUCUCUCUCUCUCUCUCUCAUUCUCUUGGUGCUUUGCACAGUACUUUGGUUGACAAAGACAGUGUGAGGCCUGACAGGAAUCAUCAACAGAGCUUUGAAGAACUAAUUUGCCAGAGGCAGCAGAAACUUUCAAAGAGGCUCCUAACUGAAAGGAUAGGAAAUAUCAGACACACUCUAGAGACUACAGAAUUGUUCCAUACUUCACCUAGACCUGAGUUGUGCAGAUUCAGUCUAUUCUGUAAAUCACGCCUCUAUGUGGCAUAUACAUUUGGUGGUUUCUCUUCCUUCAGAUCCAUCUGCUAUGCCUCCAAACCAUGUGCACUGUAACAUUUCUCUGGCAUCUUUUCUCAAGUUGUAUACUAUGUACCCAAUAUACUCUUACGUUUUCAAACUCAAGAGAGAUUUGUGGUAUCCCUCUCACAUUGCUAACGUGUGACAUGGCAAGUGAUCCCGAGUGGUCAUAAUUUACUUUGGCUGAUCACAGCCAUUAGAGAACAAAGCUUAGGGUGCUUCUGUCUGGAAUCAUGUGUUUUACUUCGAGCAGCACUUUUUAAUUCUGGCAAUUUUUCACAAAGUGAUUAACAGCAGUUCUGGUGAUUUGUCCUCCAUCUCUACUCUUCUAUCCAAUUGCAGAUCUUUUAUUGCUAUUAGCCCAUCCAUUUUUUGUACAUUUUAUACUGCACACUUAUGUUCUUUAAAGAAAAUUAGCACCCAGUAUGAAAUGUGCAAAAUGCCAGCCACAGGGAAGCUGACAAGUGCAAUAUUUUUCCUGAAUAUUGUAAGAAUGGGUGCAUAUACAUUGUAAAAUUAAUGCUAUUUGACAUUGCUUUAACUGCCAUGGCUCAAUGCUAUGGAAUCCCAGGAUUUAUAGUUUGGUGAGGCAGCAGCACUGUUUGGAAGCAAAGACUAAAACCCUUAUAAAACUAUAACUCUCUUAAUUAUAUAGCAUUGAGCCAUGGCAGUUAAAGUAGUAUCAAAAUGCAAUAGUUCCACAAUGUGGAUGCACUUCAUGUUUAUUUCUACUGAAAAAGCAGUCGCCAAGACCAAACCUCAGACUAUUUUCAUUAUACAUUUACUACUGGCAUCCCUGACAUCCUUUGAAUCUUCCAUUAUAAAUAAUAUUGAAUAGAUCCCCCACCCUCACUUAAAAAAUCCUUCCAUGAACUCUACUGAAUCAGCUGUAAAUUAGCAACUGAGGCUGAUGCGUGUACUUGUGUAUUAUUUUUCCCUUAAUGCUGUUUUUCUCAUAUCAUCACCCCAUAUUACAUGUAUGCAUACUUUAUACAUUUAAAAUCGAUCAGUUACCAAUGGGGUAUCUUUGGUAGUCUACAGCAGCAGUAGUAGCAGGAGUAAAACAACAAAAAUUCAUAUGGUAACUUAAGAGUAUGAAAUUGAACCAACAUAGUACAAUGGUUUAAAUGUUAGACUAGGACUCCAGGAAACCAGGGUUAGACUUUCCAUUCAUCCAUCAAAAAUGACGACUUGAUAAUGGACGACUUGAACAAAUCUUGCCAAGUGAAAUCCCAUGAUAGGGUUCCCAUAAGUUGGAGUCAACUUGAACAUGGGUUUAUUUGGCUAAUCUGCUUUAUCAAAUGUGUGGGGUGGGGUGCUCACAUGCCAGGCAUGUGAAAUUGGAUAUUAACAUUUAUUUAUUUGUUCAAUGGGCAAAGAAUGAGUUGAGUAGAAAACUACUCAACUCACACCUACUAAGGGUCUACAGACCACCUUGGUUGUCAUGAGAUUGCCUCUCCAUUUACACUUUUUGUACCAAGUAGCACUUGCAGCCUCAUCCCAUGCAGUCUGUGCUCCAUUUCCAUAUGCUUCAGAAAUUGAGUCCCAUAUGGCGUAAAGGCACUUUUCAGUGGGACUCCGCAGUACAUAGAAACGGAGUCCAGAAUGCAUGUGAUGAGGUCGCAAGUGCUAUUUGAUACAAAAAUUCUAAAUAGAGAAGCAAUCUCAUGAUCAUCGAGGUGGUCUCUAGAUUCCUUGUAGGUGUGGGUUGAGUAGAUGGGGAAAUAGCGGGAAAGAACGUGGGAUGGUUGGCCACUCCAGAAGACAGGCCUCAGUGGUACGGAACAAAGCAAGAUAGUUCCCUCCACUUUCCCCUGCUCAUGGGUUGAGAUCUUUGGUUUAAGAAUGAUGCCUGUGUUUUGUUGGACUUGCCUUUGCAAUGCAUAAAAAUAAAGCUUUGCUCUCUUUUCACUUGGCACAGUUUAAGCCUGUAGGUACACCCUCCUCCCCUCCCACUGGUGAGCAGCAUGUCAUGAUAUGCAUUCAUCAAGAUUCCUUUCUGACACUAUUUUUUCAGAUCAAUACACAUCCCUGCGGUGUGCAGCCUUUUCUCAUUUUAUGAUCUGAAACAACCCCCUUUCUACAUUUAGAAACACCUGCCCAUGCACAAAUACACGCACAACGCAGAGGAAGCAGAUCUGUUGAUUGAUUCUAGAUGGGAAGCAAUGCCGCAGUCAGACGCAUUUCAGUCCGGAAUGAAUACAAUGUAUUCCUUUGAAAUCAAUGCUCUCACUUAUAUGCAUUCGAAAACAAGCAGUCCAGGCGCUGCUAGCAAGGCCAUCCUUGUAGAGCACAUUUCUUGGAUACGGAAGCAGCAUGUGGCGCUUUCUCGCUCACAUGAAGAGCCCCUGUGAAGUUAAUUAGGCUUCUCACGCUGGUGGAAAUAGCUGGUUUGAAUCCGAUCUGUGGGAUAAAGUUUAAUGCCCCAAAAAGCAAGGCAUGAAAACACUGCUGUGGCCCAGAAUGAGAUGCCUGGCUCAGGACUGCACAGUAAUUGCGGAUGUCCUCCCAGGUUACUGGCUAGGGCAGCAAAUUCCAAAUACUAAUGAAAGAAUUUAGUUUUCCUUUAUUCAUGGCACUGCAGUUAAUUUGCAUAAGACUCCAACGCUGUGAGAAAGCUGCAAGCAAAAGGCUCCGGAGAUAAUUUUCAUUUACCUUUCAAGCAAUGUCAAGGUAAAAAAGAAAUACAUUACAGGAAAUGUAGAACAGUAAUUAUUGGACAACCACAGGAAAAAAUGUGAUUAAAAACUAAGGCCUGCCUGUUAGAGCUAGGCUGGUAUUUUAGCAGUGCGUUUAUUGUUAGUUUUCACUAGAGGCGGCUCAUUUCUGGAUUGUACUACACUAGACGAUGUUAGAUCCAGGAUUAAAGUCACUUUUCCUUGACUCUCUGAACUUCCAUCUCAAAGGAAUUCCCCAGCAAUAUUCAGUAGGAACUCUUGCCUAUCUUGUAAAGUGGAGCAAGUUGAAAAUGAUGCAGUAUCAGACAUUAUCUUCUGAUGGGAGACAGACUUUCAGAAAUGACAAACCCUUGCAGAAUGUGCUUGGAAUAGUUUUCCGGGGCUUCAGGCUCAUUACUGGUGGACUCACUGAAUAACCUUUCAUUCUUCUUUUAGGAUGCUACUGUCAUGGCUACUUCAUACCAUAAAUUAAAGUUCAAGAAAUGGUGGAAUAUUUUUUCUUAAAGCUAGUUACGCAAAGGACAGAAAGCAUGAAUCAAUGGGACAAUCCAGUUCUCCACCCACUUGGACCAGUGGCCUUGAAGCAAUAAUUGAUUCUAUGUAUUUAUUAAACAUUCCUAUCCCACCCUAAGUCAAAAUAACUCAGGGCAGCAUACAGAUAAGCUUACCACAAAUGACUUAAAAUGAGUUUAAAACAAUAAAAAUAAUAUAAUUUUAAAGUAUAUUAAUAAUAAUAAUAAUAAUGCUUUAUUUAUAUAACUCGAGAGGACUCAGGGCAGUUUCCAACAUAAAGCAAAACAUUCAAUUGCCAACAGGAGACCAUACAACAAAAUUAAACAUAAUAAAAUAAUAAUAGACAUAAUAAAACAAUAACAUACAAUUCUACUAAAAUAACCACAAUGAAAAACUAGUUUCAAUAUGUUCCAUCAAUGGGCUCAAAAUACCAAUAGCCAGAGCUUCAGAAUGGACAUGGCCAACUAUGAGGAGCUAGGUAAAGACUAGGGCCAGGAAGUGGAUAAAGUGCAGAAUAUCAUAGUGCCAGGAAGUGGAUAAAGUGCAGAGCAGAGUCUUAAUUGACAUCUGGGGGACCUAGGGACUAAUCCUGCUCGGAAACCUGGUUUUCAGGUCCUUGUGGAAAGCGGAGAAUGUAGGGGCUUGCCUGAUCUCUCUGGGGAGGGUGUUCCAGAAUGGGGGGCCACCACCGAGAAGACCCUCUCCCUUGUCCCCAACAGCCGUGCUUGUGACGGUGGCGGGAGUGAGAGGAGGGCUUCCCUGGCAGAUCUUAGAGCCCGCGCCAGUUAGUAAGGGGAGAUACGAUCACAAAGAUAGGCAGGGCCCGAAACAUAUAGGGCUUUGUAGGUCAUCACCUGCACUUUGAAUUGAGACUGGCAGCUUAUCGGCAGCCAGAACAGUAAAAGAGAUCAGAAGUCAUGUGCAUUAGCAUCUGGGAUAAAUCAACAAAGCCUAAAUGUUUUAGAGAACAGCUGGGUUUUCAGUUGGUACCAAAAUAAAAUUAAUAAUGGCACCAACCAGAGCUCCAAGGGGAGGCUGAUCCACAACUCUGGUCCCACAGCUAAGAAGCCUCUAUUCUAUGUUCGUAUAUAGUGUAUUUAUCUCAUUGAUGGGACACAGAGGAUCCCUCCACCAGCAGACUUUAAUCCUCAGACAGGCACAUAUAGAGAGAGGCAUUCCCUCAAGUAUUAAUUCCCAAGUCAUUUAGGGCUAUAAGGUCAUUAUAAGCAUCUUGAAUUCAGUCUGGAAGCAUACUAGCAGUUAGGGCAGUUCUUUUAAGACUCCGUUUCAGUCAUGGUGCCACUUGCUAUAUUCUACAUCACAGGAUGUACAUCAGUAGAUAAAGUCAAGAUCUCUAAUGCAAAGCACAGCAUGCACUUAAAAUGUAUUAUUAAAUAGCUGUGAACAUGUGGCUUGAAUUUUCCUUUGUUCCCGUCUAGAUUUGAGCUGCAGUGCAAGACUGCCAGCUCGCACAGACUGUCAGUCAACAGUAAAGCACGAUCCAAUCUGAAUUUAAGUGCUGAGUUAAAACCCAGUGAGAUCAUUUCAGUGGGGUAAUUAAAUCUCCCUCAAUAAAAUCAACACAGCUUAAAUGUGCUUAACUGUGGAUGGAUUGGUCCCUAAGCUUCUAGGGCCGGGGGAUGCAAAUUAUGAUUGACAAAGCCAAGGGAGCAAUGAUUCUUUGGACCAGAUGACAAUGCAAUCUGUAACGUUCCUCUCUGUUCUCAGAUGGUUGGAAUGAGAAUUAAGCAACAGCGAGUAGAAUGAUGCACUGGUUGACACGGCUAAGGACCACAAGAGACCAGAUCCCAGUGCUAGUGUCAGAUGAAACCCUCUUCUUUUUUGCUGAAGGAUGUGUAGGCUCAAACUAAACAAAGAGCAGGUGGUGGCAAAGCCCAAAGUACACACAAAAAGGGAAGAGGCAGGAACCAACUCAGGAGCUAUUUCAUGUACUACUGGAGCUGACAUAUCAGCAUUAACUUGAUAAAGGUUUGUACAAAGUGCUUCCCAAACAUCUACAUGGAACUGCAAAUCUCAGGACCCUGAAGGAAAAUGCUGUUGUUCUUGAUGUUUUAAAGUAAUGACAACUGGAGACAUUUUUAAAGGACAGUCUAUGGGAACAGUCAUGUUCAAAUUUCCCAUACAUCUCUUCACUUGUUCAGAAUUGAUCCUUGUCUAUUUUAACAUCAGUCACAGCUUAUUUAGCUGCCACUUCCUCAGUACCUGCCAUGUUGCCAGCAAAAAAGGAAACAAAAGAAAAAGGGGAUGUUUCCCAUGGAAACCAAGCAUGUGCUGAGGCAGCACAUUAUUUAAAAUCAGAUUCAUGGUCUGGAAAGCCUGUAGGGAGCAGCUGUCUACUUUAAAACUAGUGCAGCAUUUCAUCCUAUCUCUAAUUUUUAAAUGAAAUUUGAGAACUUUCCUGCCAUGGCACAAUAUUUGCAUCAUGGUGGUACAAGAAGGGUAGUAUUGGGUUGGUAGUACAUCACCCACAGAAUAAGGCAAAGUAACCACUGAUCUACACUGUAGAACUUUUUCAAUUUGACACCAUUUUAAUUGCAAUGGCUCAAUACUAUAGAAUCCUGGGAGCUGUGCUCGCUUCGGCAGCACAUAUACUAAAAUUGGAACGUUACGAAGAAUUCUGGGAGCCACAGGAUUCCACAGCAUUGGACCAUAGCAGUUAGAAUGACGUCAAAUUGCAUUUCUUAUACAAUGUAAAGGCACCUCAUCCAUAUCAAUGUGUAUGUGCACAGAAACACGAGGAGUCAAAGGGCGCCUCUUCUAGGAUUACCCACUUAAUUUGAAAGACUGGUUUAAGACAAUAAAUCAAGGAUAUGUUUCUGUAUGUAACUAAGCAUGAAUAUUUCUGGUUUUAAAAGCUGGGAACUACUGGUGUAGAUGCACCCUAGAUUCCUCCCUGCCACCACAACUGAAAGAAUUCAGCUGCACUCUGAAGCAUAUGUACACUGAUAUAGCUUCCUUUGACACACCAAGACUUACUUCUAAGUAUUUAUGUGAAUAAAUAGGCAUGCAGUAUCAAUAGUAUUAAUAGCCUAGAUUUAGAUCAUGGGCUAAAAAGUCUAAGGAAUAGCAAAUGAAAUUAGAGGAGGUGCUGAAGGAGUGUUGGCACUUUAUGUGCAUUUUUUAGACACAACCAUGAGAUAAGGACCUGACAGAAACUAUCUUUUGAGUGCCUGUUCUUACUGGGAGAAAAUUUUCUCAUUGGCACCUAAGAAAUAUUGGACCCCAUUCCUCUUGAGGGAUACUGAAAGGGGAAUGCUUUUGGUAAACUGACACAGAGUUAGGGUGAUCUGAAAGUCUUAAUCUUGCCACCUGACAGCUCACUUGUAACACACUUUCUGCUAUAUUGGUUCCAAGGCUACUUAUGUCAUAUGUAGCUGACACAUUAUUCAUUAUGAAGUUGAAGCUGUCUACCCACAAGCAAAAAGUCGGCUGCUGUCCAUUGAGACUUAACUCUGCCAGUGGCCAACGAAGCUCAAGGUAUUGCUUUUCUCACCCAGCUCAGUUUAAUUAAGGCAGACUGCUGUGGCCGUCACAGAGGGCGCGUAACCAGCAAGACAGAGGCAUGAGUGAAGUAAGUAAACACAGAGAGAAGCACAAAGAAACAACAGUUGAAGGGUGACACUAGAAAACAGGCUUUAAUUGUAAUUGCUAUUCUAGGUGUCACAGUGCUCCAGAAUUCAAAUUACGAUUUCACUGCCAAAGUGAGAAAACAACUGCUUGCAUCUAUGACAACCCACACACACACCACUCACAAUGGCAACAUGAGCUGUAACUUCACAAAUCAACACUGAAAUCUCUAAAUGUUAACAUCUGAAUAUUUUGAAAGAGUUAUCUUUUGAGGGCCAGGAAGGCUUCCAAGUAGCUUCCAAGCAAGUAGCAGGGCAAACCAUUCACUUGUGAAUGUUUUUUGCUUUUCCAGUGCUCAUACACACAAGCGUUCACUGCCUCAUUGUGCAAAUAAUGUCUCUUUUUUGGGGACUGCCAUCCUCUGUGUGUGCAGCUAUCAAACAAGACUACACCAGCAUGUCAUUCAACUAUAUUAGCAUUACAAUAAUAGAAUCAUAGAGUUGGAAGAGACCACAUGGACCAUCUAGUCCAACCCCCUGCCAUGCAGAAAAAGCACAAUCAAAGCACCCUUGACAGAUAGCCAUCCAGCCUCUGUUUCAAAGCUUCCAAGCAAGUAGCUUCCACCAAACUUCAAGGCAGAGAGUUACACUGUUGAACAGCUCAUAUGGUCAGGAAGUUCUUCCUAAUGUUCAGGUGGAAUCUCCUUUCCUGUAAUUUAACCCCAUUGCUAUGAGUCCUAGUUUCCAGGGCAGUAGAAAACAAGCCUGCUCCCUCUUCCUUAUGGCAUCCUUUCACAUAUUUAUAAAUGGCUAUCAUGCCUCUUCUCAACCUUCUCUUCUUCUUAAAGGAGUUCUUUAAGACAAUCCUCAUAGGGCAUGGUCUCCAGACCUUUGAUCAUUUUAGCCGCCCUCCUCUGGACAGGUUACAGCUUGUCAAUAUCUCUUUUAAACUGUGGUGCCCAGAACUGGACAUAUUAUUACAGGUGAGGUCUAACCAAAGCAGAAUAGAGAGACACCAUGAUUUCCCUCGAUCUAGACACUAUACUCCUUUUGAUGCAGCCCAAAAUCCCAUUGGCUGUUUUAACUGCUGCAUCACACAAUUGGCACACCUUCUAAACCUUCAUCCAAGUCAUUAAUACAGAUGUUGAAGAUUACUGGGCCCAGGACCGAACUCUGUGACACUCUACUAGUCACUUCUUUCCAGGAUGAAGUGGAACCAUUGGUGAGCACCCUUUGCUUAACCAAUUACAGAUCCACCUAAUAGUAGCCUAGCCCACAUUUGACUAGUUUGCUUGCAAGAAGCUUAUGGGGGACUCUUUACUGAAACCAAGAUAUGCCACAUCCACAGCAUUUCCUGAAUAUACCAAGCUUGUAACUCUAUCAAAAAAGAGAUAUUUAGUCUGUCAUUACUUGUUUUUAGAAAUCCAUGUUGACUUUUAAUAAUCACAGCAUUCCUUUCUAAGUGAUUGCAGAUUGACUCCUUAAUUAUCUGCUCCUGAAUCUUUCCUGGUAUUAAUGUCAGGCUGUUGUUGGAUAUGUGCUUCAGAUUAAUGUUUUGGGAAUGGAAAAUCCAGAGUGACAAACUGCUUGCAUGAGUGGUUUGAAUGGCAAAGUGUCCAAGCAACCCAAUCCAGUGCACCUUGGCUCCAAGGCCACCCCAGUUUUUAGAACUAGGUCUUUGGGAGAUAAAUAGAUGAAAGCCAGCCACCUUUUAUCACUUCUUUGUUGCUUCCAACUGUCUCCUCCAACAGUUGUGUCCUCCUUUUCCAUUGGUAUAUUUACACAGCUAUGUAUAGGAAUAAAGAUGUGGGCCCACAAUCCAUUCUGGUUGCAGAAUGUUGUAGUUCACAAUCUGAUUAAGCAAAAAAUUUCCAGCUCUGUAUUGUUGAAUAUUGAAGUUAUAUCAAAGAUCUAUCUUAAAUGGCCUGUAAAGAAAAGCACAGUUUCUCUACUGAUGCUUUGCCUGUUGUGGUUUAAUCUCCCUGGGUUGGAUUCAUUUGUUCCACCUCUCUGUGCAUACCAAGUAGGAAUUGAAACACUGUAGGAGCUGCAUGGGUUGACCUCAAGAAGGUUGUUUCCAUAUUUUUCCCUAAUAUCAAGGAAGAUCUGUACCAGACUACCUAUAUCUGUUCAUUAAUGACCUGAGAAAAAAAUCUAUGAGGGCAUGAAUGGUUUGUUCAUAGUCACAGAAUCAUGGAGUUGGAAGGGGCCUCAUUGGCCAUGGGAUCCAACCCGCCGUGCAGUUCAGGAUCUCCAGCUAAACAAUCCCAGCAGGUAGCCCUCCAGACAUUUUUAAAGUGGUCCAGAGAAGGAAGCCCACAACAGCUCUCUAAGCAAUGGAUCCCAUUGUUAAAAGACUAUUAUUGUCAAAAGUUUCUUUCUAAUGUUCAACCAAAUUCUCCAUUUCAGAAGCUUACGUGCAAUAUGCUCAUUCUUUAAGAGAGAUGCUUAAUGCAGAAAUUCAGAAGCCAAGUUUCCAUGAGGACUAUUUUGCAUUUUGUAGCCUUAUCUUAAACUAUCACAUCUAUAUUACAUUUACGUAGUCUGAUCCUAAGCCUAUAUGAUGGUCCAAUGAUGUUCAGUGGAAUUCAAUCACUUGUACUAGAGACUAUAACUUUGUAUACUAGAUUGAAACCUUGUCCCACUUAUUCAGAGGCCCAGCUCAAUAUUUUCUGCACUAACUGACAGCAGUUCUCUGGACUUCCAGACGAUUUCCCAGUUUUAUCCAAAGAUACCAGGUAAUCAAACCUGGACUGGUUUGUAUGGGAAGUAAAUCCUCUGUCCCAGAGUAUCACCAUGCUAGUUCACCAGAAGUUUCAAACAGAUUUUAUAUUCCUUUUAGCCUUAAAGAUCUCAUAUGCCUCCCAUGGGCAUGACCACAUAUAAUACACACAUUCUAGGUAAAUUCUUUUAUCAUUCUAUGCAUGUAAGAAAUUGGAUAUCUUACACAUGGGCCAUGGUCAUCUGCAAAGGAACUUCCAUAUCUCUGUAUAUAUCUCUUAAGUAUCACGUAUUCUCUACACCAGUGGUUCUCAACUUGCGGAUCCCCAGAUGUUUUGGCCAUCAACUCUCAGAAAUCCUAACAGCUGGUAAACUGAGAUUUCUGAAAGUUGUAGUCCAAAACACCUGGGUAUCCACAGGUUGAGAACCAGUGAUCUACAUUGAUCUAGGGGUACUUUGACUGUAGUUAUAUCAGUAUAUAAACCAAAUACGGUACAUAAAAUAAUCUCACCGAUGCCACAGAUUGUUGACAGUCAGUAACAUGUCUUCAGUAUUAGAUUCCACUUGUCCACUGUCCCAGUGUUAUAACUGUUGUUGUGUGUCUUUAAGUCAUUUCUAACUUAUGGCGAACCUUAAGUGAAUCUAUCAUGAAAGUUUCUUGGCAGCAUGUCAUGCUCUUUUCUUCCACUGAGGCUGGGAGACUGUGACUUUGACAAAGUCAACCAGUGAGGUUCCAUAACCAAGAAGGGAUUUGAACUCUGGUCUCACAGUGUCUUAGUCCAACAUCCAAAUUGCUACACCACACUGGUUCCCUUUACUUAGACCCCAUCUACACUGCCAUUUAAUCCAGUUUCUGGCUGCAGAUGAAUUGCAUUGAACUAGGUUAUAUAGCAGUGUAGACUCGUGUAAUCUGCAUUGUGAAACUGGACUGUAAAACAGUGUAGCUCUAGCUUCAGACACACAUCUUACUAAAAUACAUUAUUUUCUAACCUUUCAUAUUAGUACAGUUCUGUACCCAUUUCAGUGCCUGAAACGGGCAAAAUAUGCACACAAAAUGUAGCAUCUGGUCUUUAGCCAUGGACUGUUGUUUGGCAAGCAAGUCAAAAGUCCAUUAGGACAUCAUCACAACAGAGCAUGGAUCCACUUUAAAUACAGUUUCUGCCUUUUGCAGAAUUCUGGAACUUGUAGUUUAGGGAGGGGCACUUAAACAUCUCAGCCAGACAGGUCCUGGGUUUCACUAAACUACAAAUCCCAGAAUUCUGCAAGCAGCAGAAAUCAGAUUUAAAGUGCAUCUAUGCUCUUGGUGUGAUGAGGCAGUGAGGUAACAAAAAGAAAAUGAGCAGUACAGGAUAAAAUCUGGUACCUCGUAUCUAUUGUAAAGGCACAUUAGGAACUGUGUAUUCAGCCAUCAGCUUUUAUCUAGACCUACAAUCCUCGUUGUUUGGUUGUUAUUGUUGUUGUUGUUGCUGUUUGCUUUCAAGUUGUUUCCAGCCUACAGUGAUCCUAAGGUGCACCUAGAAUAGGGUUUUCUGGGCAAGGUUCAGAGGGAUAAGCUUUUGCUUUCCUCUGAGGAUGACAGAGUAAGACUUGCCCAAGGUCAUCCAGUGGACUUCUAUGGCUGAAUGGGGAUUUUGAACUCUAGUCUACUGUCACAGUUCAACACCCAAUCCACUAUCUCAUGCUGACACAAAAUUAACUUCCAUUGCUAUCAGUGAUUCUCCUCUAAGUAUGACUGAGCUUGGAUCUUUACCAUUAUGUAUAUAUGAAUGGAGCAGGUGAACAGGCCAGCCUCCUAUACAGAAUGUUCUACAUGGGUAAAAAAACAAACAAUAGUGUGAGACAGUCUAUAAAAUGACUCCACAGUAUGAAUGCAAAUUAUAAUAAUCAUAUAUGCUACUGGUUGUAAUUGCAAUAUGUGCAUCAUCAUUCUUCCUUUUAUGUAUUUGGCUGGAAGUCAAGGCAUUCCAGGACUAAUUGUUUUGUUCUGUAUUCUUGUGUUACACAAGCCCCCCCUUUUUGUUGGUUUGCCUUCACUAAUAAAUAGGCCACCUGCAAGAAAUACAAGGGAUUUAUCAAGCAGCUGGCAGACCGCAACACAAAGAUGUAGUGGGUCCAUCUGACUCCCCAUCUCACCCCUUGAAAAAUAUUUUGUGGACUCUAAAUGCUGCUUCACUCUGAUGGUAAUGAUUGCUGAAGAAUAAAGAGUAGAAAUGCAAGAGGCAACUUCUGGCACUGGCAAAUGUUCAUGUUUCAAGGUCAGAGCUGCUUUCAUUUGGAAAGGGUUUUGCUCUUUUGCAGGUUUUUUUUUUUUUGGCUCUUGCUCUAGCCUUAGCCAUAUGUACAAUCACCAUCUGGAAAUCUGUUCCUAACUUUAGCAAGCAUUUUAUCUAUUCGUCCUGAGACUGUGUUUACUCAGUGGCACCGGUGUUCAUUUUCUUGCUUGGUGCCUGCACCGUUUUCUUUAUGUUCUGCUUAAUAAACAAAAUAAUUAGGGCUUCUGUAUGAAAGCCUCCAUAGAGACAGUUUUCGGCAGAGCUUCAGCGUUUGGCUCUCCCCAUGCCAUGUUUUUCAAUGGGUUUCUACUGUACAAUGUUCCAUGUUUGGGAAAUAGCCACAAAGUUGUCAAGUUCUGCUUUUGUUGAAUGCCUCGCAAAUGGCAUGAACUUGGGUGCAUUAUUUUUUUCCCCGGGAUUAGGAAAUGCUCAGAGGUAUAAUCAGGUCCUUCCACAGUGUUUAAUUAGGCAUAAUAAAAGGCAUCUACACAAAGCACAGGGUUUUCAAAGCCCAUUCUUGUGUUACAUUGCUAAUGAAUUAAGUAAUUAAUUGGCACUGAAAAACACAAUAGAAAAACAUCUAUCUUUUCAAGUGAAGCAAUUUUAUUUAUUUAUUUUUUUAAAAAAACUGUUUUGUAAAAUGAUUUUAUCUGGAUUGAAUUGUGGAACCAUUCUGUUUUAAACCAAAAUCAGGGGGGCAAAGAAAGGGAUUUUAAAAGAAAACGAGCAAUACACUCACUAAGUGAGCAUUUUUAAAAAAUUAUGUUGGAACAUGGCUUGCCUGACUUGAAUAAUGGAUGGAAGCACAUGGCUGCAUUGCUCCUAAAAGCCGUAACAAAUUAGUCUGUGAGACAAAAAUCAGUGUUGUCACUUUGAAAAUGGUGUUUACAUAAGACAGAGAAGGGAAAACAUCCUCAGUUUCAUAGUUUUGCUCAGUUUCAAAUGCCCACUCUGGAGGCAAUCUGGAUUCCUUUCAUUGGCUUUGCUGAUACAGGUUGCCUCCUUGAAUUGUGUUCAGAUCAACCUACGGUGGUUCUGUGCUUGCAUUACACCAAAAUUAAAUCUCAGGUAUUCUCCAGUUCAGGUUCUUGAGCAAUAAAGCAUGACACUAGAAUCAGAGGUAAGAUCAGCUAUCAUUUCCUCCAAAGGGGAAAACUUUUCUCUUAGACAUCUUCUUGAAAAACAUAGUGAUAAAAAUUGUCUUCUAAUACAAACUCAACUGUUCCAACACAAAUAGGCCAGCAUCUUAUAGUGAUGUAUGCAGACAUAAGUACAACAUAUCCUAUGUUUAUCUUUUUGUGGUGGUGGUGAGUAUUCCCAUCCUCCCUCUGUAAUAACCAUGCCCAUUUAGUGGCUGGUGGAGGGCAGGGACCUUUCACGCCAGCUUGAUUUUGAUUUUGAUGGGUUCCCCCCCCCCCCCAGUUUAGCCACAGAGCUCGAUGUCUCCCAUCACACUCCAGAAAAGUAGUUUUGGGAAGGCUCAGUGGCUGAACCGGGGGGGGGGGGGGAUCCUGCCGAAAAAUUGUUGGCGAUGGACAACGGGAGACUCCUUAUCUUUCCAUAAGGAAAAAUGGGUCAAGUCAACUCAAGGAGGCUUCCCCCGUGUGAUGAGGAAGAGAGAAGGCAGGACACUGCAGGGUUCAGGGUGACAGGUCUCCAUGCAGCGAUAAUGGCCAAUUGCACUGUCAUAAAAACAUUUUUUAAAAAGAUGCAGCGAUAAUGGCCAAUUGCAGCAACACUUGUGACAAGGUUCCUAGAGAAGAGUCAGAGAAGCAUCUGGUUAUGUCCCCAUCACAAUGAAAUCAUCCCCCAAAAUGAGAACGGCUUUCCAAACUAGAGAAAGCCUUUCUAAACUUUUUCCACUCAAACCCCUUUGCACCCUAGAACCUUUUUUGUGAUUCUGGACAUACAGGUAAAAAAAAUAGGCAUUCAAACCAAACAUUUAUUGCUAAUCAUAAAGAAUUUUAUUUUAAAAAAAUUAUUUGGCAUACAGAUAUUUUUACCAUUUGUUAAAGAUUAAAGCAAUUUUGCAUAAUAAUGAAUGUGCUUGUAUUUGUUUAUUUUUACAUAAAGAAUUAAAUCUUGGAUGAAUAUUUAAUAUUGCAAGACGUAGAGCAUUUUCAACAUUUUCAAUGUCACUGACAUAUUCUCUUUGCAGCUUCAAAGGCUCCUUCUACACUGCCAAAUAAAAUCCAGAUUAUCUGCUUUGAAAUUGAUUAUAUGGCAGUGUAGACUCACAUGCAUAAUCCAGUUCGAAGCAGAUAAUAUGGAUUAUCUCCUUUGAUAAUCUAGAUUAUAUGGCAGCAUAGAAUGAGCCAAAGUGGCAGCUGCAUGAACAGUAGAGUCUCACUUAUACAAUAUAAAUGGGCCGGCAGAAUGUUGGAUAAGCGAAUAUGUUGGAUAAUAAAGAGAGAUUAAGAAAAAGCCUAUUAAACAUCAAAAUAGGUUAUGAUUUUACAAAUUAAGCACCAAAACAUCAUGUAAUACAACAAAUUUGACAGAAAAAGUAGUGCAUUACGCAUUAAUGCUAUGUUCUAAUUACUGUAUUUAUGAAUUUAGCACCAAAAUAUCAUGAUAUAUUGAAAACAUUGACUACAAAAAUGCAUUGGAUAAUCCAGAGCAUUGUAUAAGUGAGUGUUGGAUAAGUGAGACUCUACUGUAGUUUUGAUAACAGAGCAAUGUAAAUGUCUAAAACAGUCACUAGGUGGCCAGCUACGCACAUUUUUCGUAACCUCCCAAUUCAAUUAGGGGACCCCAAAUGGGGUUGCAACCCCAAUAGUUUAAGAAGUGUUGUUCUGAGGACCCAAGCAGUAAAAAAAAAUCUAUUUGAAACAGGCUUAUUGAAUCCUUCCCCCACCUCCAGAAAGACUUCAAAUAUGUUCCUUCUUUACAGUGCGGAGGGGAGGACAUUUGAUUUUCAGUCCUAAAUGGUCUGAUAUUCUGAAAGGGCCCUGGUUCCUUGAGAGCCUUUGUGCCUAAACAAAUGACUUCUUCAUCCCACUCCCAUUCCAUGAUUAACUUUUUUCUUCUUUUCCAUUCUUUGACUCCUGUUUCUUGUGUUAUUCUGACCUAAACUUCAGAAGUACACUUUCUAGCCUCUCUAACAACACAGCCAUACAUAACUUUUCCUCCAACUGAAAGAUUUCUUCUCUUAAGUCAGCAGGCCUUCCAGUGUUACUGCAUCUGAAAGAGAAAGACGCACCUGACCUAACAAUAUCUAAUAGCCUAAUCCACUUCAGUGCUAAUCAAGGAAUUAGGUGAAACCACUAGAAAAAAACUACUGAAUUAAUAAUGGAACAAAUUAGUUAGCAAGUUAAUUUCAAGAUCUGGAAACAACCCCAUGAUGCUGCUCAGUCACAUAGUCGUUUUCGACUCUUCAUGACCUCAUGGACCAGUGCACGCCAGAGCUCCCUGUCAGCCGUCACCACCCCCAGUUCCUUCAAGGUCAAGCCAGUCACUUCAAGGAUACCGUCCGUCCAUCUAGCCCUUGGUCGGCCUCUCUUCCUUUUUCCUUCCAUUUUCCCCAGCAUCGUGAUCUUUUCCAAGCUUUCCUGUCUUUUCAUGAUGUGGCCAAAAUACUUCAACUUUGCCUCUAAUAUCCUUCCCUCCAGUGAGCAGGUAAAAGGUAAAGGUUUUCCCCUGACGUUAAGUCCAGUCAUGUGUGACUCUGGGGGUUGGUGCUCAUCUCCAUUUCUAAGCCGAAGAGCCGGCAUUGUCCGUAGACACCUCCAAGGUCAUGUGGCCAGCAUGACUGCAUGGAGCGCCGUUAUCUUCCCACCGGAGCUGUCCCUAUUGAUCUACUCACAUUUGCAUGUUUUCGAACUGCUAGGUUGGCAGAAGCUGGAGAUAACAGCGGCCGCUCACAUUGCUCCUAGGGUUUGAACCUGGGACCUUUCGGUCUGCAAGUUUCCUCCAGCACUAGAGUUCAAAAGCGUCUAUCUUCCUUUGCUCAGCCUUCCAUAUGGUCCAGCUCUCGCAUCCAUAGGUUACUAUGGGGAAUACCAUUGCUUUGACUAUGCGGACCUUCAUUGCUAGUGUGAUGUCUCUGCUCUUCACUAUUUUGUCAAGGUUGGCCAUUGCUCUCCUCCCAAGAAGUAAACGUCUUCUGAUUUCCUGGCUGCAGUCUGCAUCUGCAGUGAUCUUCGCAUCUAGAAAUAUAAAGUCUGUCAAAGCCUCCAUGUUUUCUCCCUCUAUUUGCCAGUUAUCAAUAGGUGUAGUUGCCAUGAUCUUGGUUUUCUUGACGUUUAACUGCAACCCAGCUUUUGCACUUUCUUCUUUCACCUUGGUGAUAAGGCUCCUCAGCUCUUCCUCACUUUCAGCCAUCAAAGUGGUAUCAUCUGCAUACCUAAGGUUGUUAAUGUUUCUUCCAGCUAUUUUAACUCCGGCCUUGGAUUCCUCAAGCCCCGCACGUCGCAUGAUGUGUUCUGUGUACAAAUUGAAUACGGAGGGUGAAAGUAUGCAGUCCUGCUGCACUCCUUUCCCAAUCUUGAACCAGUCUGUUGUUCCGUGAUCUGUUCUUACUGUGGCUACUUGGUCUUUAUACAGAUUUCUCAGGAGACAGACAAGGUGACUUGGUAUCCCCAUACCACCAAGAACAUGCCAUAGUUUAUUAUGAUCCACACAGUCAAAGGCUUUAGAAUAGUCAAUAAAGCAGAAUAGUCAAUAAACCCUUAAAUCAUUUUUUAUAAAUUGCUUAUCAGGCCACAGUUUUCAGCCCCAGAAAUCUUUGAUUUUAGAACAGCCAAGUUAGAAAGAUUCUCUUCUUUCUGCAUAGCAACAAAGCGCCAUAAAGGGACUUGGAAAGGUGCAGGUUAAUUCUCUCAUCUCUGCUAUGGAGAAUGAAGCUGACUCUGUCUUCAAAUCCUUUACUUUUACUUAGAAGAUGUGAGAAAAAUUAUUGUGCCAAGGUGUUAGCCAGGUUUGCAUUUUGCAUUGAUGAGCACUUUAUUCCCAAGUGUACCUGAAAGAUCAAAGCUAGAAGAGCCAGUGGAAUCCUUUGUGAAAGGCCUGCAUAAAAUUGGGGGGGGGGGGGGGUUUAAAGACGAAAAUGAUAAUAGCAGGCAAAAGUAGUGACAGGUAUCCUGGGCAAAUGAUCUCUGAGAAAUUGUAAAUGUAGGCAGACGUUUGCCCUGCAAUGCCAUUAAUCAGACAGCGUGUGGAACUAAAAGAAAUAAACUGUGCAUGCCCACAAUAUCCUUAUGUAUGCCACCAUGUUUGAACUUUUCCAGGGCUCUUUCCUGCAAAUGUUGUGUUUCUUCUCACAGUGAACAACUUGCCUUGAGCAUCUAAAAACUCACAAGACUUUUGGACCAUUUUUGAGAAAUAAAGUAUAUGCCUCAGAAUGUGAUGAAGUCACCUUCUCAGAAGGCUUUUAAACAGAGGAUGGAUGGCUAUCUGUUGUUAGUGCUUUGUUUGUGUAUUCUUGCCUGGCAGAGUAGGGUUGGGUUAGACAGUCCUUAGGGUCGUUUCCAUUUCUAUGAUUCUAUGAGAAACAGAAGUCAGACACUUUCUAUGUAGCCUAGAUUACUAUUAAGGAAAUAAUGUUGUGACAGCAAAAUGGCAAGGAACCAAUGGUCUGCAAUUAUGAUACAGCAUAGCAUUUUUAUCCCAUUCCCUUGUUCCUUAGCUACAACUUGCACUAUCCCUUUCCUUUCUUCUUGUUUACAGUUGGCCAUGUUUUUAUGACAGUGGACACUAUAGGUUACUGUUGUCUUAGGAGCCCCUGGUGGAGUAGUGUGUUAAAGCCUUGUGACUUGAAAGUUGGGCUGUUGAUCUGCAAGCUGCCAGGUUCAAAUCCCAUCCGGGGAGAGCAUGGAUGAGCUCCCUCUAUCAAUUCCAGCUCCAUGCGGGGACAUGAGAGAAGCCUCCCACAAGGAUGGUAAAACAUCAAAACAUCCGGGCAUCCCCUGGGCAACGUCCUUGCAGACAGCCAAUUCUCUCACUCCAGAAGCGACUUGCAGUUUCUCAAGUCACUCCUGACACAAAAAAAAAACCUGUUGUCUUAUAUACUAGUGGUUUUAUUUUGUAUUGUACUUUGUGUUUAUUUUAUGCAUUGUUUUAGGUACCUUGUGCCAUAUGUAAGCUGCCCCGAGUCCCUUUGGGGAGAUGGAGGCAGGGUACAAAAAUAAAGCUAUUAUAAAGUUAUUAUAACACCCAUUCCUCCACGUCACUGAAACAAUUCAACAUGGGCGAAUCUGUCAGAUUCCAUCACAUGUGUUUUUCGGCAUUAAUGACUCUGUUGCGCAUCAGGGACUCAGAACAUGAUAAUUUGCCUGUGUUUUGAACUCCCUCCUUUCAGUAUGCUUCAAAUCCAUUUCAAGGACGAAGGGCAACAGAUGACAGCUGGAAGUAGGCAAACGUCAUGUGAUGGGCUCCGUGCCUCUUCAUCCUUGAAAUGGAGAUGAAGUGUCCUACAAUGGGGGAAAUGCUCCAUGUGAUGGGGUCCUUGGUCUCAAAUUCUGGAUUUCAUCCAUUCUUCUAAUUCAGACUGUAUUUAGGAACCAGUUUCCUGUAAGAAAAUGUCACAUACCUGGCUAUAUUUUCCUCCAAGACAUGCUGGUGCGGUAAAUAUAGAUACAAGAGCUGCUUGCAAAAAGAAGGCAAGAGGAAGCAAUUUUCAGAAGACCUAGAAACAUACUGGGAGAAUUUUGGAGUUAGACCUCUGCAUCUGUUUGUAGUUUUCAUCUGAGAUAAAGCAAACAGGCUAAACCAGCCACAUUGAUCCUGUGAGCCAAAGGGGAUUGCAGGGUAGCGGAAAACCUGGCAAGGUAAGAGGAGACACUUGGAAAUUUAAUGGGAAUCUCAGAAUUAUUAGUAUACAGAAACAAGUAUAGCUUCCCUCUAUUCAUUUAAUUAAAGGCAACGACUUGCAGACACAAAAAGUGGCAUAUGCUCAUUUUAUUUUAUUAGCAACCUGACUCUCUGCAUAGCACUCCAAUAAAACCAUAGAUGAAUGCCAUGAAUCUAAUUAAUUAAAUUGCAAGAAAUCACAAAGUAUAGUGGAAGGUGGAUAGAAAGAAAGGUUAAAAUAGCUCUCCAACAGCUUGAUUGGGCAUUGGACAUUGUUGUUAACUCUGACUGAAGGAGGUUUGGACAAUGAAACCACUCACUAGCCCCUCUGGAAAGUCUUUCCAUUAACUUUAAUGCAUUUUCAGAGCUAGGGCCAUGGGGCACAAUCUAUCACCAUGCUGUCUAAAUGGAUUUGGCAAUAAAGCAUUUUUACUUGAGUUAACAGAGGCAUAGAAAUGCCAGCACCUUAGGAAACCACAGCCGAGUGCACCUUCUGUGAUACAUAUCGGCAUCUCUCAAUUUCUGUAUUUAUAUUUGCACCCCACACCACCUCAAAUAGUUACAGCAGAUGACAGGUACAUAAAUGAAAUCAUAAAAUAUGUGGCAAGGCUCACAUGACCAGUUUUUAUUCCAACCCAGUAAAUGUACAUUGCUAUCCCCAUGGGCAUGAACUUUCUGAUUGGUUCAUGAUGCACAUCUUGGUUGUUAUUUAACCUCAAUCCCCACAACUCUGUUUGGAUAUUCAAAGGAUACUGAGGAGGGAGGCAUGUAAUAUAUUGAAACCCAAUGUCCCUCUCUGCCCUUCUCCCUAAAUUCAUUACCAUUGCAUAUUUAGUGUCUAAGUCAAAAGGCACAUUGAGCUGAUUAGGCUGAAAGCAUUUACAAUGCUCACCACAGAUAGAAACUCAGCAAAGCCUUCAACUGCACCUGUCCUCCUAGAAUAUGCUUCUCAGUCACAAUCAAUUUAUGUACUGACAUUUCAGAGGAGAUGCAUUCUGAUGCAAACACUUAAAUCUCUUUAAAAUAUAAACAACGACUCAUGUUAGAGUACUAUGCAGAUUUUGCCCAUAUAUUCAGCAAUGUAAGCCAUGAAUCAUAUAUAGGAGUGUCAGAUUUCAAGGCCUGGCCCUAAGUGUCAAGGUCUAGCCCCACUUCUCCAGUACUCAGCAGUCGAGGAAUCACAGGUCGAGAGUACUAACCAACCGGGUGUGUGCUUGAUGCUCUUUAUUUGACUUCUAUACUCUACGCAGCUGUGUUGAAUGCUUAAUAACAUUGUCAGGGACUGCAUUUGAUCACCCUUAUUAUACCAUUUUGCAAUAUGACAAGUGGUCAUCUUUAGUUUGGUACUGAAAUCCCAGGGCUUGACAUAGUCCUAGCCUGGCUACCAAAACUACAAAAGCUUAGGUAAAAGUAAAGGUUUUCCCUUGACAUUAAGUCUCAUCAUGUUUGACUCUGGAGCUUGGUGGCCAUUUCUAUUUCUAAGCCAAAGAGCCGGCAUUGUCUGUAGACAACUGCAAGGUGAUGUGGCCAGCAUGACUGCAUGGAGCGCUGUUACCUUCCUGCCAGAGCAGUACCUAUUGAUCUACUCACAUUUGCAUGUUUUCGAACUGCUAGGUUGGCAAACGUUCCCCGGAUUCAAACCUUCAACCUCUCGGUCAGCAAGUUCAGCAGCUCAGCGGUUUAACCCACUGCACCACUGGGGGCUCCUACAAAAGCUUAGGCCACAACAAAUGCUUUCAACUUUUAAAAUGCCAAAGGAUUCAGUAACACUUUACUUCAAAAGGGCUAACACAGCUUCCCAUCUAAAACUCGACAGUAUGGAAGGCGCCUAAAUAUUAGCAUAACGUGUAACAUUUAGGCAUUUUAAAUAAGAACAUUUUAAUGAAAGUGAGUAAUGAGAUGAGCCAUAUAAUUAUCUGAGCUGAGAGUUAUUCAGAUAAUUUAUUUUGGGAAGCAGAAGUUACUGAAAGCAACAGCCUGGAAGCAAAAUGUGACCGGAGUAUGUAUUUUUGUUUAUCCCAUUUCCCCGGUGAUUUGUAUGUCAGUCGUUUCUAAUAGGUCCGCAUUCAUUCUUGCAAAUUAAAUCGGUCAGAUCUCAAAAUAAGUUUUAAAAGCCUUCCCUUUGGCCAGAUGGCUGCAGCUGCAUGCGGGAGGCCUGCAUUCCUCCCACCCACCCCCAAUAGAUAUUGCAGUCCAAUGAUGCUUACUCUUUGAUGGUACCAAACAGCUUUAGGAGAUGGUGUGUGUGUGUGAGAGGGGGGGGAUUGGGGAUCAUCCUAGGUAUCUGAAUGAAAGGAUUUCCUAUUCUUCAUCCCUACAUGUUUCUUCUUUGGGCAGUUCUGUGUGGAUAAACCUAUUCCUUUUCAUCCUGUUUAACCUUACCUUCAAAGACAAGAACAAACAGAGGGAGAAGCUCAAAGCAGUUAACGGCAGGGACUAUCAAAAACAAACAAACUAAGCCAUGUGAAGACCUAUCUUACAAGGAAACGCUACAACUGUCAAUAAAAAUAUCAAUAUCUAAUGAAAAAAGUGGAGCAGUUUAACUGAUCAAGAUAACAUAAAAUCCAUAACCAUUUCCUUCCAGGAAUUGAUUGCCCGUUUCUGGAAUGUGUGUCUGUUUGUGCGUGUGUCUUUAAGUCGCCUGGCGACUUAUGAUAACCUCCAUGAAUUUCUGUAGGUUUUCUCUAGGUAAGGAAUACUCAGAGAAGGUUUUGUAGUUUCCUCCUUUGAAAUACAUCCAACGGCCCCUUUUUUUCAUUUGCCAUCAUCCAUCCAAGUGCUGACCAGUCCUGACCUGCUUGGCUUCCACAAUCAAAUUAGAUUUGGUAUCUUUAGAGUAUUUGAGUAUCUGGGAUGGGAAUAUUUUUCUUUUUUUAAAAUGAGACCAUUAAAAUGAGUUUUCACAUUCAAGUAGCUAAGAAUGCAAAAGUAAAAUGUGUAAUUAGGUGUGUAGGGAGUAUUUGCACAUUUUUUCCAUCUUCAAUGACUCAAGGAGACUCGACACAUUAAAGCACUCCAUUGAAAAAAUUGUUAACCUCCACAAGAUUUUUCACACCUGCACAAAAGGAGAAAGAUCAGCUCUUCCUUUUUCAAUGAGGUCUGCACAAUAAAAACAUACACACAUGCCACAAGCACAGAUAGGAUUACUGAUGAAAAGGAUCCAAAACAGGCCAUCCCCUGAUUCUGCUUUUAAAAAAACAAACCAACAGCAAUAGUAUUUUUCAGAGUAAAAUAUUGCGUUCGGAAUGGGGGUUAUUUUUUGCCAAAAACCAUUGAAUGUCUCUGUGUGUGUGAAAAUCUUUAGCACAAUUUGUGCAAACCCUUCCACACACAAAAUGUUCAAAUAUCCAUGUCAUCAUAGCCAGCUUGGGGGGAAAACUUAGAAAUUCCAAAACCUUGGAAUUUUCCCCAACAAAAUACGUGUUGAUUGGUAUCAUUACUAAUAAUGGAAAACUCAUUCACAUUACUUUAUUCACAUCAUGAGAUAACAUGGCUCAUUAUAAAAGAUGAUAAUACUUGGUAAAUUGGGAAGCAGUAAGGGGGAGGGAGGAAGAGUGCAUUACUCAUGGAUAUGCUCACUCAUGGAAGCCAAAAUCCUGAGUCUGCAGGGCUGUUGAUCCCAUGGUAUCUUUGAAGUCUCUUGUUCAUAGGACCACCAUAAGUCAAAGUCAAUGUGACAGCAAUUAACAACAGCUAACAUAUUGAAAUUGCAUGGUAGUUUCACUCAUGUUAAUGUGCAGUAAUUUAUUCUGGAUAUAAAUGUCACGCCAAAGGCUCUUUCAUUAGUACUUUCAUUCCCUGAAAAAUCAGCAUCUCUUUUAGGAUGUUUUCAGACUGUUUUUAAUGUAUGCAAACAUGUACAUGACAAAUACUAUAAGUUAAGCAGCAUCAGGCUUUGUUAGUGCUUGAUAGAGUGACUGCAGAGAAAUGCUGGCUACUAUAGGCCUUUGCCUUUCAGAGAAAGGAAAUGGUAAACCACCUCUGAGUAUUCCAAGUUAAAGAAAACCCCAUAAAAACCAUGCGAUUGCCAUAAAUCCAUGGGAGAGUUGAAGACACAGCAUUACUGUUGUAUAUUUUCAAGUCAUUUCCAACUUAUGGCAACCCAAAUAUGAGCUUUUCAUGGAGUUGUCUUAGGAAAAAGUGUUCAGAGUGGGUUUUCCUGGUUUUCCCCUAUGGCUGAGAGAGUGUGAGUUGCUCAGAAUUAUCCAGGAAGUUUAUAUGGUCUGAAGAAUCAUAGUCCAACAGAAACCAUGCUGUGUUGCACCCCAGCCAGAAUUUACCAUGCAUUCAACACCAGCCAGGAAUCCAAAAGUAGUAGUAAAACAGUUUAUCAAGAAAUGCACAUAUAAAAAGGAAAAGUCACCAUAAGAAAUAAAAAGACAAAAAUCCAGUAAGUAAUGGGGAAAAUAGUCAACAAGUAAUAAACCAAACCAAACUGGCAGUUGGAAAAAACACUCCAAAUGCAAUAAUUCAAACAGUCCAAAUCUGUUCCAUAAAACAAGGUACAGGAAAACCAGAAUCAGAACAUGAUAAUGAAUCCAAAAGCACGACUAUAGAAACUUCUUAAACCAUGAAUCCAAACUCCCAAGAUCUCAGACUAAAACAAACUGGAAACAAGACUCAAGAUCCUCACUGUAAUGCAGCAUUGCCUGAUCUGAAUUGUAAAGGAAAGAAUUCUUUGAUUUGAGAUCCACAAGCCAUGAAGUCAUUUCUGUGACCUUGACUCCCUUGCCUGUGAGAUUUUUCACACUGCUGUUUCUCACACAGUCUAUGUGACUUUCUUAAUUUGCUUGCUUCUUCCCUAAGAUGGAGCCUGAGAUUCCUGUUGACUGCAGGUUUGUUUUCAAGUGAACUUUCUUGCCCAUCAAACUCCUUAUCUGGGGUAGCUAUGAGCCAACUAGGCAAAAUGUCUUCACCAGUCUGUGCAUCUCCCUGUCUGCUACCUCUGAGACAGUUUCACUUUCAAGUCCAUUCUCACAGCCAGAAUUUAAACUCCCCUCGUUUCUCUCAUUGAAAAACCCAUCCACUCUCCCAGGCUCUGGAAUAACAAUCUCCUUAUCUUCAUCAGCUGGCUGCUCAGCUGGCUGAACCACAACAUGCUGAUUUUCUAAAUGCUUAUGGUUCUGACAAAUGUUGUGUACACCACGUUGGCUAAUGCAAUGAUGUUACACAGGCGGUAGUGUACUCUACUAUUCUAUUGAUGUGCAUGUGAAGUUUAUUAGUAUUCUAUGUGCUGUAUUGUCUUAAUAAAUGCAUAAGUUGGCCAUGGUGGUCCAUGAUCUUGUUACAUCCUGAAUAGACUACUUCAAUGUGCUCUAUGUGGGGUUGCCUUUGAAGACUGUUUAGAAGCUUCAAGGAGCAGUUGGUGGGGACGUGGGGCUGAGGGGCAGGACCUCCUCAGUGGUGGCCUCUCGGCUAUGGAACUCCCUCCCCCAGUUCCCUCCCUCCUGACCUUCAGAAAGAAACUCAAAACAUGGCUGUGGGACCAAGCCUUUGGGCAGUAAUUCAGUGCCAUAAGUGAAGAUGGAAUAUGUGCAGUCACGGCUGGAACGGCUCCUUGACUAUGAUCUCGGAUUGUGUGGUUUUUAAAAUUGGUUUUCAUGUUUAUGUUUUUAAUUUUAUGUUUUUAAUGUAUAUGACUAUUUUAUUAUAUGUCUGUUUUAUGUGGCAUCGAAUUGCUGUCUAUUGUAAGGCUGCUCUGAGUCCCCUUCAGGGUGGGAAGGGCGGGGUUUAAAUACAGUAAAUAAGUAAAGAAAAUAAAUAAAUAAGUUGUUGAUGGGAAUAGGGACUUGAUCAAACAGCUCCCAUCCUAUGUGGUUUUGGUACUUUAGCAAUCAAUAUAUAUAAAAGAGUGAUGGAAUCACGGCAGCGGACAAAACAACAAAACUAAACACCCCACAACCUCGAAAAUUGACAGCACAACCCCUCAUCCACGCCUCUAGGUUGAUACAACAAAAAGAAAAGAAAAAUAAAGUCCUAAUUAGAGGGAUAGGAAUUGGGAUAGCCAAUUGCUGCCAGUUAGAAGGCUAAGCUCCGCCCAUUUGGUCUCCUAGCAACCCACUCAGCCCAGGGGACAGGCAGAGUUAGGCCUCACUUAGGCCUCUUCCCCAUUGCCUAUAAAAUACAGAUGAUCAGAUUUGAACUGGAUUAUAUGGCAGUGUAGACUCAAAGCCCUUCCACACAACUAUAUAACCCAUUUAUAAUCUUAUAUUAUCUAUAGAAGCACAUAAAAUAUCACAAGCAACACCACUCUGAAAACAAGGGAAUUCCAGACAGGAAACAAUCAGGGCCAGCUAACACCUCCCAACAAAAAAAUCACUCAGGGAGGAAACAACCAGGCUUUAUAGCUGCAAGGCCAUUACAUGCUAAUCAUUUCCCCUAAUUGCAGCACUCAUACUUGCCUCCAACAGACAACAAAAAAUCAAAAAUAUUGUAUAUUCACAACCUUUAGGAAAUAAUAUCUCCUGAUGGCGCAGCGUGUUACAAUGAACUUCUGCUGAACUUCUGGACCGGAAGCUGCUGAACUUCUGGACCGGAAGGUCGCAGGUUUGAAUUGAAGGAGCGGAGAGAGCCCCCAUUGUUAGCCCCAGCUUCUGCCAACCCUAAACUUCAAAAACAUGCAAAUGAGAGUAGCUGAAUAGGUACUGCUCAGGCAGGAAGGUAACGGUGCUCCAUGUAGUCAUGCCAGCCACAUUACCUUGGAGGAGUCUAUGGACAACGGCAGCUAUUCGGCUUAGAAAUGGAGAUGACCACCAACCCCCAAAAUCAGACAUGACUGAACUUAAUGUCAUGGGAAAACCUUUACCCUUUACCUUAACUACCACCAAUUCCUCAAUACUUUAUUUCCCAUACCACCAUACUUUGCCACAGCAACACGUGGCCAGGCAUAGCUAGUGGAAUAUAAUUUCUAAAGUAUGGAUUGGAUCCUAAGCUCCUAACAUUAUCUCAGAUCAUCUUUUUUUCUCCUUUCCUUUUUCAGACUGUUUCAGAUAUUUACAUUAAAGAACAUGAUGGAAAAAGGCAGGAAGUCUCCCUGCAUCCUGAGAUUAGCUCCAUCACUGUCCAUUACCUAAAUGGAUUAUAACUGUUUUAAAACAGGGGAUGGGGGUUAGGUUAGGUGGGAUAAGGUUCAUGGUCUGCUAGAAAGGGAAAAAGAAGAGGACAAAGAUGCCAAGAUCAGUAGGAAGGUUUCUUAUAUAAGGAUACUUCCUCCUCAGGUUUUUGGAAUUUGGUGAUAGAUGUUCAAUAUGUCCAAUGGCACAUAUUUGGCAAAAGCUCAAAAGAUUGAAUUUAAAAUAUGAAUGGGGUAAAGAAAUAAGGAUUGGGUUUCAUGAAUUAUAGAUACGUUGUUUUAGUGUAAGGGAAGUUGUUAUAAAAUAAAAAAAUAGGGAUGUAUGAAAUUUAACAAACUGUUUAAAAUUAUCUUAAAGUUGCUUUAUUUGCAGGCUGGAGGGUUAGACAAUUACAAGAGACUUUGUUAUGAGAGAGGUGUUUUUGGAAAUAGCUAUGGAAAACUAAAAAGGAAAAAUUAUAAUGAAAUUGUGUUUCAUUUUUGGGAGACACAGUUGGAAAAUAAUUACUGGGGGAGGGAGAAACAGUUUGGGGGGUUAGAAAAACUUUUAAUUAAAAUGAAAGGAUUUAAUACUUGAUAUUUUGCAUUAUGAUAGAUUGCUGUUAAAUUAGAAAGAAUAAUUUGUUAAGUUUAAUUGAGAGGAAGAAUAAUAAUAGUUCCUGCUAAAGAAUAGUAACCUUUAAUUAACUUUUUGAAGAACCGUUAUCUAUGGUUUUACAAGCUUGGAUUUGGAUAUUAGUAGGUAUAUAGUUUAGAAAGGAUUAUGAUGACUUAUUGUGAUAGGAGUCACUUUUAUGUUUUCUGUCACUUUUCUAUCUUUUCUGUAUUUCUCUAUUCCUUUUCUGUAUUAUCUGCUUUGUUAGCUUGUUUUUUCUUCUCCUGUGUUUACUGGUUAGUUAAAAAAAUUAUUAUAUGUGAACAAAUCUUAAUUUUAAAAAGAUGAUAAAAAGUGCACAUGGCCUUCAGAGACAAACUGCAAUCAUGACAAAUACCUCUGCAUCAAUAAAUUAUUCCCAGCUUAAUUGGCUUAAUCUUCUUUUAAUGCUGUAUAAUUCAGUGACCAUCACUAUAUCUUGUGGGAGUGCAUCCUGUAUGUUGAUGGAACACACUUUAUUUUGCCUGCCCAUCUGUUUAAUUGAAUGAGGCUAAGUCCUAAUGUUGUGAUUCAGGAAGGGAAAUAACUUUUUCUCCAUGUAUUAUUUCUCCAUGCAGCAUCAUGUCAUAACCUUAGGUUAUGCUUUUCUCCCCACAUGUAGGAGAGCCUUUGGUGUGUAGUAGCUGGAAAAAGGUACUGUGAAAGACUAAUAUGUGAAUCCUCACCUGGCUAUGGAAACUUAUUGGUUGACCUUGGACAAUACUGCCUAGUCCCAUCUAUCAUUUGAAUGAAUGAAACCUCACACGAAAGCAAUGGAAAACCUCCUCCGAACAAAUCCUGCUAAGAAAACUUAAGAUCAGAUCACUGUAACUCAGUCAACUUGAAGGCACAGAACAGUCCUUCAUAUAAAAGAGGGCACAGUCCUUCAUAUAAAAGAGCCCUAAAGGUUUAGUCCUUAUGUAGGUGUUGAAGCUCUUGGACAACUCUGGCUAACCACCUCUGUACCUUUUAUAGCUCUAUAGUAUCUGAGAGUAGGCUUGUGCAUUUUGGCUGAACCUCGAUCCGCUUCUGCUGGCCGAAUUUUGGGAGCCCCCGAUCUAUUUUUAUGCACCUCUCAAAAAUGGGCAGGUAGCCAAAUAGCCAUUUUUGGUCAACAGCUGAAAAAUGUGGCUAGAUCCAGCUCUUAGGUGACAAUGAGUGUUGUGGUAAUCUCUGAGCGGUUAGACUCAAUUUAACCCUCUCUGGGGGAGAUUCCACCAAAAAUCAGCAGAGUAGCAAAAGCAAAAGCUUUCAAAUGCAGCAGUUACUUACACGGGGCGAGCAAAGAGAAGCCUUUGACCAUUUAGGAUUGCAAUGGACUGCAGAGUCUCAGUAAAAGUUCAAAAAGUAUUUAUUCAGGUAAAAAGAAUUCCAUUGUAGAUAGAAAGGCUUGGGAGCUGACUAGUCUACUCUAGACUUUUUUCUAAGGAAAAAUAAGAAAGGAAAAAUCACAAACAUCUAAAUAGUUACAUCUUGCCAGGAGGGAUGGUGAGACGUGUUGUUAGCUAGAAGAACAAAGGGAGAAGAGAGAAUCUAAAUGGUUCCAACCUCAUGGUCCAGUUUAUUGGGGACAUAAAAGACAUUCUGACCAAUGAGAAGUUAGUGUCCCUGGAGAUUCACAUUUCUACUAACUUCAAAGUAAGGGAUGUGACGUACACAGGAUAGAGUGAAACACAGUAAAGCCUAUCUAGGCAUGCUUUGGAAACAGGGAAAGGAUUCCCUCAAUCUAACUCUAUCAUCUAUCUAACUACAUUUAGACUUGAGUAGUCCAGGGUGAUUCCCAACAAUGAGGCGGCUUACUGGGAUCCUGUUCCCAUCGUUUUUAAGGCUAUCAGGAUGAAAAUGACCACACUUGGAGGACACAUCAACCACUGUAGCUAGGCAAUACUUCCCAACUCUCCACCAAUCAGGCACCACUACCAUAUAAUGUUCCCUCCUCCUUUUGCCUGAAUCAGCCUAUUCUUCCAGGGCCUAGAACUUUUUCUACACAUUGGCCUGGUAAGGUAGGCCCAUUCCAUUACAGAUGUCAAACCAAGCCAAAAAUAAAGCUGAGAGUGAGUGGCAAGGCAACUGGAAUAAAGCAUCUCUCUAGAGCCAGGAUGCAACUGGGAGCAAUAGAGGCACUCACCCCAUUAAACAGACAUAGCCUAUGUAAGAUACAUCACGGCCCGUUUCACCUGAAAAAACAUAGCAACUGAACCCUUAUCAUUACGGCCAGCUGAACAAGUCGGAUUGGCCAAAGGGAACUGACCAAACCAAAUCCAUGCACAAGCCUGUUUGAGAGUGAUUUGCCCUUUUAUUGUCCCCCAAAGCUAACAGUGAUGGAGUGACCCAGUAUAUUUCAUUCUGUCUGGUAACAAGCUUUCUAUAAUGGCACUGCCACCAAAGAAGUCACUGAGUUUACUACACUGGAUAAACAAAUGAGUUAUACUGAAUUGGGUUGCUAACAGCCAAAUGGAGUUUGGAGUCAACUGGUGGGCUGAGCGGGGAGGGAGGAAAGAAGUCGUUAGUAUUGGAGAGCUGUAAUUCCAAAAUUGGCAUCAUUUAAGCUUCUGCCCUCUUUAUGAUGGGAAUAAAAUAAAUGCAUAAAAUAUCAUGCACAGCUGUAGGUAGAAAAAAAUCAGAGUGAAAUUUCAGUUUUAUGCUGACUUGACUCACAGCCAGCACCUGUAUCUUCUUCAUCUGCUUGAAGGUGAUUUGUCCUUAAAUACUCUCUCUUUCUCAGACAUGUAUUGAAAAUACAGGAUAAAAAAUUGCAUUUAAAACACAUAAAUGGUAAAAUCGUAAUAAAAACGGGAUAGAUUAUUAAAAACCCUCUGGGGUUGAUUAAUUAAUGACUGUAUCUCCAAAGGCCUGCCGAAACAUCCAAGUCUUCAGUUGUUUCCUGAAGCAAGGUAGAGAGGGAGCCAACCUAAUCUCCCUGGGGAGGGAGUUCCAGAGUCGGGGAGCCACGGCCGUGAAGGCCCUCUCUCUCGUCCCCACCAAGUGAGGAGGGUGGAAGUGAGAGAAGGGCCUCCCCGGAAGAUCUCAGCGAUUGGGUGGGUUCAUAGGGGACAACGCGGUCAGGAAGAUAGGCAGGUCCUGAACCAUUUAGAGCUUUAUAGGUAAUAACCUGCACCUUAAAUUGGGCCCAGAAUAUAAUCGGCAGCCAGUGGAGCUGCUUGAACAGAGGGGUUGAGUGCUCCCUAUAAGCAGCUCCAGUUAGUAACCUGGCUGCCAACCGUUGUACCAACUGCAAUUUCCGGACUGUCUUCAAGGGCAGCCCCACGUAGAGUGCGUUACAGUAAUCCAUCUUUGAGGUAACCAGAGCGUGGACCACCAUGGCCAAGUCAGACUUCUCGAGGUACAGUCACAGUUGGCGCACUAGCUUUAGCUGUACAAAGGCCCUCCCGGCCACCGCUGACACCUGAGCAUCAAGUGACAGUGAUGAGUCCAGGAGGACCCCCAAGCUGCAGACCUGCGCCUUCAGGAGGAGUGUGACCCCGUCAAGCACAGGUAGCCACCCUAUGCUCCGAUCGGCCUUACGACUGGCCUGGAGGACCUCUGUCUUGUCAGGACUGAGCUUCCCUUUUGUAUGCAGUUUAAGAACUAGUAUGUAUAUUUUCCCAGUGGAGCUAAUGCAAAGAUUUGUCCCAGUCCACUGAUCCUUGCAUAUUACAGUAGGGUGCAUUUUUUCUGACGCACACAACUUCUUUAAACAAAAGGACAGCACUGUCAGCAUUGUUGUUAAUUGCUGUCAAGUUGACUUCAAGUCGACUACAGUCUCCAUUCUGAGGUAUUAUUGAGCAAAGGUAUGGAAAUCUCUAAAUAUUACUACAUCAGUUUCAUAAAUGAUCUAUGGUCAUUAUUUUUGUUUUCUUAAUAUUUAGCUGAAUCCUUCCUUUGCACUUUCUUCCUUGACUUUCUUCAGGAAUCAUUAGAGGUCUUUGUUAUUUUCUGCUAGUAGGAUGAUAUCAUCUGCAUAUGUUAAAUUAUUAAUGUUCCUUUCUCCAAUCAUCACACCUCUUUGCUCUGAGUCAAUUAUGACACUGUGUAUGUAUUUUAAUUUGAUUAUAAUCUGUGAUGUUGACUGGUCUCAUCCCCAUGUAAGCUGCUCUGAGUCCCCUUGGGAGAUGGAGGCAGGGUACAAAAACAAAGUUGUUGUUGUUGUUGUUUACAUAUUUAUGUGUGAUGGAUACUGUGCACAAGAUGAUAAACAGGAGUUAAACCCAUGUACUUGUGCACUGAAUUACCAUUAGCAUCUUAAGCCAGUUAGGAAUAAAUUGUCAGUGAUUCAACAGAAACAUCUCAGAGCCAAGGUUUUAAAACCACAAGCCUGCUGAGUGCUCUGAUUUCUGUUUUUAAGUUUCAAGUGAAGAUGCAGCAGCAAAUGUGAAAAUCAUGACAUUCAUGGGAGUUGCAAAGGCACACUCCACUGCGGUAUUUCUCAUCUUAAGCCCAAAGAACAUCACAGUCAAUGUUAUGAUCCCAGCAGAAUAAAAUAUCUGGGUCUUUUUUCAGAGAUCUGGGUGGAAAAUACUCUUUAUCUUUUCCCUAGUGUGAAGAAAAGAAGGGGAGGGAAAUGAAACCCAUAAUGUGUCAUUUGGCCCCAAUCAGGCAUCGGUCAGAAUUACGUUUCUGCAUGUGUGUGAAGGAGUGAAUGACAAGAACUUGCUAAAGCUGCACAUUUCUCCAUAAAUAGAAUGGGAAAUAUUUGAAAUUAACAUUUUCAAAUGUGAGGGAACCUGCAUCCUCCCAAAACUUCUUAUCAAGCAGGAUGUUUUACUGCGUAUGUAGCUCUGUAGUCUGUGUUUGAAUCUCUGGUGCUAAAUUAGGAUUAAAGUGAAAGCAUUAUCAAAGUGUUUUAUGGAAACCUCAUUGGCCACAUCUACACUGACCACUUAAAUCAGUGCAAGGCCAAAUCAGCUCUAUAGGGGCCAAACACUGCAAGAGGCUGAUCCAGGAUUGCAUCUACUGGGAUCAUGAUAGGGUGAAAUCAGUAAAGAUGAGUAAAAUGACCCUCUCUUUCUCUAUGGCAAGGAGCAGCCAUAGAAGGGCAGUUGAUCCCAGAAGGGCAGUUGAUUCUCGCAGAAGCAGAGGCAGCAGGAGGACAUUUUUGCUCCCUGGCUUCAGGUAGGAUUUGGCUAAGAUUUGGCUAAGAUUUUAAACUGAGUGUGGGCUUGGCUCCUGUGGUCAAAGUCUAACUGUUGUGUGACUGUUGUGUUGAAAGAGAGCCAGGUACUUAAGUUGAUUGACAGCAGGCAUUGUCCCCUGUUAAUUGAGUUUCUGGGAAAGCUUUAUUUGCCAGUGUGAGUUUCUGCCAGAGCCUGAUCCCAGAAGGGCAGUUGAUUCUCGCAGAAGCAGAGGCAGCAGGAGGACAUUUUUGCUCCCUGGCUUCAGGUAGGAUUUGGCUAAGAUUUGGCUAAGAUUUUAAACUGAGUGUGGGCUUGGCUCCUGUGGUCAAAGUCUAACUGUUGUGUGACUGUUGUGUUGAAAGAGAGCCAGGUACUUAAGUUGAUUGACAGCAGGCAUUGUCCCCUGUUAAUUGAGUUUCUGGGAAAGCUUUAUUUGCCAGUGUGAGUUUCUGCCAGAGCCUGAUCCCAGAAGGGCAGUUGGUUCUCGCAGAGGCAGCAGGAGGCACCUUUACUAACUAUCCUUUGCAUUACAUACAGGAAACAAAGCAACAUAAACAAAUACACAAAGAGGUGGUUUGUUGCAGUUUGCACAUAAAGUGCGUGCAUAUUACUUAACUGUACAAAGAUCCCACUUGGCCACCACGCUCACCAAGAGAUGCAACAAAAGCAAAACAUUCCCAUCACAUGCACCAGCUGUGGCAUGUUCCGCUUUUUCACACAAAAACUAGACAACUACAUCUGCUCCAAAUGCAAACAGAUGACUCUGAUGGAGCAGAGGAUCCAACAGCUCGAGCACCGUAUUAAGACCCUUAAGGACAUUCAGGCACUCGAGCUCUUCUUGGACACUGCACAACACGCUGCUGUAGAUCAGCAGCCUGCAUCACACCAACACCACCAAGACCAUGAUCAGGAACCUUAUGGGGAGAUCAACUCAAAGGUAGACAACCCUCAGGCUUGGAAGGAGGUCACCCAUAGAAGGAGACGCAGGACCAGGCAGCCUCCGCAGAACUCCUCUGCUCAGCUGCAUUUACACAACAGAUUUGAAAUUCUUACAUCAUUAACAUACAAUCAGGAAACACAUCUUGUGGAGGACCACAGUUUCUUAGAUACCACUCAGUGGACCACCCUGGAUCAAUGCGCAGGGGAUAGCCCUGACGGGGACAGUGCAUCACCACAGUCACACUUAUGUAAUCAUGCAAAUGCUCCAUCCCCAAUCAUAGACCAGGAGCAACAGGAACAUCCUUGGGAGAGUAAUGGGCUCUCGGAUGUAUCUCAAUGGAUUGUCAUUGAUGAAUGCACUGGGGAUGUUGAGGAGGAGGACAACACUUUACACCUACAUGAUUCACUUCAACAGGAACACUCUUCAGGGGACAUACACACUGUCUUGCACAAAAAGGACCCUGUCAAUCCUCAAAGGAAACAGGUCUUGGUAGUAGGUGACUCCCUCCUUAGAGGAACGGAAGCCAUCAUUUCCAGACCGGAUGGGAUGGCUCGAGAAACAUGCUGCCUCCCGGGGGCAAAAAUACACCAUAUCACUCAGAGGCUCGGCAGGCUCCUAAAGCCCCAUCACCCUCCCCACCUUAUGUUGAUUCAUGUAGGUACCAAUGACACCGCUAGGCAUACUUUUCAAAAGAUCACAAAUGAUUUUCGAGCUCUGGGAACAAAGCUAAAACUGUAUAAUGUACAUGUGAUCUUUUCAUCCCUCCUCCCUGUUGUAGGACACGGCUCUACAAGGGCCGGAAAAAUAGUACAGGUCAAUAACUGGCUCAGAAAAUGGUGUCAAGAGGAGCAUUUUGGCUUCCUUGACCAUGGUCUACUCUUCCAAGAGGAUGGACUACUGGCAAGCGAUGGGGUGCAUCUCAUACAAGUAGGAAAACAUCUUUUUGCACACAGACUCACAAACCUCAUCAGGCGCACUUUAAACUAGAUCCACUGGGGGAGGGGAACAACAGCCUGGCGAACACUAUAUUACCCACGACCACAGGGAACCGCCAAAAGGCUAAACGGAGGGCUGCACAAACACAGCAAGGACCAAGUACAGAGAGCACAAUAAUCCCAAAUAAACAGUUCGAGGGGAGGUCACAGGGGCUUACAUGUCUUUACACUAAUGCUCAGAGCAUGGGAAAUAAGCAAGACGAACUCCAACUCCUAGCACAGCACCACACAUACGAUGUCAUAGGCAUCACUGAAACCUGGUGGGAUGACUCCCAUCACUGGAAUUUAACCAUUGACGGCUAUAACCUCUUUCACAGAAAUAGAACAAAGGGGAGAGGAGGGGGAGUAGCUUUAUAUGUCAAAAACAGUUACGUUGCAGAAGAAAUGCAAGACUGUAAUCCGGGAAACCAGCUUGAAAGCAUCUGGAUAAGAAUCAAGGGAACCGGGACUCAAAAAGAUCUUGUCGUGGGUGUCUACUACAGACCUCCGAGUCAGGAUGAAGGACUUGAUGAAGCCUUCUGUCAACAGCUGACCAAACAGGCACAAAGAAGAGAUAUAGUAGUCAUGGGCGAUUUCAAUUAUCCCGAUAUCUGCUGGAAAACAAACUCAGCCAAGAGUACAAAGUCCAACAAAUUCCUCACUUGCCUUGCAGAUAAUUUUAUGGUCCAGAAGGUAGAAGAGGCAACAAGGGGAUCAGCAACUCUUGAUCUAAUCUUAACAAAUGUGGAAGACCUGAUAAAUACAGUUGAAGUGGUUGGAUCCUUAGGGGCAAGUGACCAUGUGCUCCUGCAGUUUGCAAUACAAAGGAAUGCUGAAACUAAGACAAGUCAAACACGCAUUCUGGACUUUAAGAGAGCUGACUUCCAAAAAAUGAAGGAAUUACUGAGCGGCAUUCCAUGGACGCCGGUAUUAAAAAACAAGGGAGUUAAGGAUGGAUGGGAGUUUUUCAAAAGUGAAAUACUCAAGGCGCAAAUGCAAACAGUGCCAACAAAGAAGAAAAAUAAGACAAGUGCAAAGAAGCCAGAAUGGAUGUCCAAAGAACUUCUAACUGAGCUAAAGCUCAAAAGUGACAUGCACAAGAAGUGGAAAAGGGGAGAAAUCACCAAAGAAGAAUUCAAACGUAUAGCCAACGCCUGUAGGGAAAAGGUUCGCAAGGCUAAAGCGCAAAAUGAGCUCAGGCUUGCCAGGGACAUAAAAAACAACAAAAAAGGCUUUUUUGCUUACGUUGGUAGAAAAAGGAAGAAAAAGGAGGCGAUAGGGCCAUUGCAAGGAGAAGAUGGGGUGAUGGCGACAGGGGACAGGGAAAAGGCAGAACUACUUAAUGCCUUCUUUGCCUCGGUCUUCUCAGAAAAAGAAAGCCAUCUUCAACCUCAGCAACACGGAAUGGACGAAGGAUUGGGGGAAAUCCAACCCCAAAUAGGGAAACAAGUUGUCCAGGAACACUUGGCCUCUCUAAACGAAUUCAAGUCCCCAGGGCCAGAUCAGCUACACCCAAGAGUACUGAAGGAACUAGCGGAAGUUAUUUCAGAACCACUGGCAAUUAUCUUCGAGAGUUCUUGGAGAACGGGAGAAGUCCCAGCAGAUUGGAGGAGGGCGAAUGUGGUCCCUAUCUUCAAGAAGGGAAAAAAGAACGACCCAAACAAUUACCGUCCGGUCAGCCUCACAUCAAUACCAGGCAAAAUUCUGGAAAAGAUCAUUAAGGAAGUGGUCUGCGAACACUUAGAAACAAAUGCGGUCAUUGCUAAUAGUCAACACGGAUUUACCAAAAACAAGUCAUGCCAGACUAAUCUGAUCUCUUUUUUCGAUAGAGUUACGAGUUGGGUCGAUACAGGGAAUGCUGUGGAUGUAGCGUACCUGGAUUUCAGUAAGGCCUUCGACAAAGUCCCCCACGACCUUCUGGCAAACAAACUAGUAAAAUGUGGGCUAGACAAAACUACGGUUAGGUGGAUCUGUAAUUGGCUAAGCGAACGAACCCAAAGGGUGCUCACCAAUGCGUCGUCUUCAUCAUGGAAAGAAGUGACAAGUGGAGUGCCGCAGGGCUCCGUCCUGGGCCCGGUUCUGUUCAACAUCUUUAUUAACGACUUAGACGAAGGGUUAGAAGGCAUGAUCAUCAAGUUUGCAGACGACACAAAACUGGGAGGGAUAGCUAACACUCCAGAAGACAGGAGCAGAAUUCAAAACGAUCUUGACAGACUAGAGAGAUGGGCCAAAACUAACAAAAUGAAGUUCAACAGGGACAAAUGCAAGAUACUUCACUUCGGCAGAAAAAAUGGAAAUCAAAGAUACAGAAUGGGGGACGCCUGGCUUGACAGCAGUGUGUGCGAAAAAGACCUUGGAGUCCUCGUGGACAACAAGUUAAACAUGAGCCAACAAUGUGAUGCGGCUGCUAAAAAAGCCAAUGGGAUUCUGGCCUGCAUCAAUAGGGGAAUAGCGUCUAGAUCCAGGGAAGUUAUGCUCCCCCUCUAUUCUGCCUUGGUCAGACCACACCUGGAAUACUGUGUCCAAUUUUGGGCACCACAGUUGAAGGGAGAUGUUGACAAGCUGGAAAGCGUCCAGAGGAGGGCGACUAAAAUGAUUAAGGGUCUGGAGAACAAGCCCUAUGAGGAGCGGCUUAAAGAGCUGGGCAUGUUUAGCCUGCAGAAGAGAAGGCUGAGAGGAGACAUGAUAGCCAUGUACAAAUAUGUGAAGGGAAGUCAUAAGGAAGAGGGAGCAAGCUUGUUUUCUGCUGCCCUGCAGACUAGGAAACGGAACAAUGGCUUCAAACUACAGGAAAGGAGAUUCCACCUGAACAUCAGGAAGAACUUCCUCACUGUGAGAGCUGUUCGACAGUGGAACUCUCUCCCCGGGGCUGUGGUGGAGGCUCCUUCCUUGGAGGCUUUUAAGCAGAGGCUGGAUGGCCAUCUGUCGGGGGUGCUUUGAAUGCGAUUUCCUGCUUCUUAGCAGGGGGUUGGACUAGAUGGCCCAUGUGGUCUCUUCCAACUCUACUAUUCUAUGAUUCUAUGAUUCUAUGCAGCAACACAAAGAUAAUACAUCCCUUUCCCUACAUUGAUCAGUGCAGUGGAAGGGUGAUGGUGGCAAUGUGUAUGUGGACAGUGAACUGGGACAAAUAGAAACCAAUCCAGCUGUCCACAUGAUCACAAUUCCUAAGGACAUUCUUAGUGGAGUCCAUAGUAUUACCCUGACUUUGCUUAAUGCAGAUAAAGGUUGGGACAGGGGCUAAAAGGUCCAAAUUCUUGCUGGAAGUCCUGCAUCAUGAAAACUGCCAGUGUAUGCUUUGGGGACAUGUAGACACUAGACACAGCUUUAGUUAUGUAACUACCUUAGUUGUGUAGCUAAAUAGUGCCCCCCAGUCCAAUGUCCCUCUAAAUAUGUUUUACUGGCAUCAGCCACAUGGAGAGAAGGGGUCCUUUUGGCUGAGGAAGUGGGCAUGGAUAGUUUCGGUCUGCCCUGUUUUUGCAGCCGGAGAGACUACAACAUGGACAUGAACAAGGGUUCUGCUUGUGAUUGUUGCAGCCUCAUUCACUUGCAGAAGGUGGAUUGAAACAUCAUCCAUCCCCACUCCAGUUCUCUCCUUGCAGCUGAUGCCUAGUCAGUGGAAAAUUAUGAUCUUAGCAGUAGAGACCAUCAAUACAGAUCCACAAGUGCGAUCUUAUAUUCCAGCCAAUGUAUUUCUGUCAUAUUGAUUCCCAUAGCAUAACAUUGCGAUUUCUGUGUUUGGAAAAGCUGUACCUAUUGAAGUGGUCAGCAUGAGUAAAUGAAAAGUUUGUUCAUUAUCAGACUUAUUUAUUUGUUAGAUUUUGUACAUCAAAUAAAAAUAAUCAUUUCUCUUCAGCCCUGGCACUCAAAUCAGCAGUUAGUGCUGAGAAAGAAAGAGAAAAAAGGAAUGGUGUAAAAUUAGUUCUUUCACAGAGAUUAUAACAUUUUAAAAAUAGAGUUCAUAAAAAAUAAAAUAACACACAAUGUCUAAAUUAAUUCUCCCCCUUCAAUUUGCACUUAUUUUACCUUCCCACUCGAUAUGCAUCGGAAACUCUAACAUAUAUGUUUUUAUCAUUUAUUGCAUUUGCUUUAAUUUUUCUUUUGCUGGAUCUGACCCAUGCAUCAAGUUUAUCUUUUCCUUUACUUAAUAAAAAGUUAUGACACAACUUUUCCAUUAUGGUUAUAAACCAUGUCUGGUAUCCUGUUCAGUAUUUAUUAUGUUGUAAGGAUCAAUCAAGAUUUGGCUUAUUAUUUGCUGUCCUUCGCACUGUAUAUAUUCUGAACCAAGAACUAAAAUUUUGGAUCUGGUCUAUCUUAUCUACAUUCCAAUUCAGAAAAUAUUUUCUAACUUGUAUCUUAUAUUGACUACGAUAAUUUACAAGAGUUCUCUUCUAACCCUAGCAGUAAUGAAAAUUGGGUCAAGACUUAUAUUUCAGAUGAUUGUGCUGGGGAUGCUCUAAUCUCAUCUAAUUGUGGCAUUGUUGUUUACAUUUAAUGUGUUUUAAUUGUAUUGAUUUCUUUCAAUAUGCAUGGUCAAAAUGCCAUUUAUUUUAUGUAGUACUUUUUCACUUUUAUAUUGUGCUCACUUAUUUUGUAUGCAAAUGGUCUAUGAUCUAAGCCAGGGGUCCUCAAACUUUUUAAACCGAGGGCCAGUCCACUAUCCUUCAGACUGUUGAGGGGCCGGAUUAUCAUUUGAAAAAAAAAAUACAAACAAAUUCUGAUGCACACUGCACAUGUCUUAUUUGUAGUGCAAAAACAUCAACAAUAACAAGAACAAUGAAAGAACAAUACAAUAUUUAAAAAUAAAAACAAUUUUAACAAACAUACAUUUAUCAGGAUUUCAAUGGGAAGUGUGGCCCUGCUUCUGGCCAAUGAGAUAGUCAAGUUAAUUAGGGUUGUUGUUGUUGUGUGCCUUCAAGUCAUUUCAGACUUUGGGUGAGCCUAAGUCUAAAAUUUAUUUAUUUAUUAUUUAUUUAUUUACUGCAUUUAUUUACUACAUUUGUAUCACACCCUUCUCACCCCAAAGGGGACUCAGAGUGGCUUACAAAUUAUAUGUACAUACAAUAUAUUAUAUUAUUAGCAUAGCACAAUAUUAGCAUUAUAUA